UGUUGGUAUUAGUGUUGGUGUAUGUGGGAGCAGGAGGAGAGACUCUGCAGUGUCUUGGCAGCUGCAUUAGUGCAUCUCCCACCGUCCGCGAUGCCUUCACGGCCAAUGCCUGCCUCCUCCGCGUGCACUUGACAGAAGAUAACCGACAUGAACUCGUUGGGAAACUGAGCCGGACGUCCGCACUAUCAGCUCGGUAUCUAUUUAUGCCCCCGGAGACGGUCCCGAGCGCUUCAUUCACGCACCGAAAGCCCGUGACGAGAAUUGUUAAUGGAAAAUGGCGAUAGGCAGAAGCUCUUGCAGCAUCGUCUGCUUGGUAUCUAUCCAGAUUAUCUUGAUUUUCAGCGCAUCGUGGCCUGGAGCUGGGGGUCUCACGUUCCCGCAGCAAUACACGUAAGUAACAGAGACCAUUGAGGGGUUCUGAUGGGGGACAAGUUUGGGCUCGUGCAGGCACUUCUGGUUUUCAAGAUACUUCAAUCACUCUGGUUUAUUUUCUGCUCUUAUGUAAUUUCUGAUAGUUGGCGAUGCAUCAAUGUAAAGACUGGGUGUUUAAAGCUGAGAGCUCUGUAAGGUGCAGCUCACAGUAUGACAGAGCAACCAUUGGAAAGCUGUGCAAUUUAUUUACAUCACAUUUCAGUGUCUUAAUAAAACUGAAGAUCUGUAAAGUGGAGGUUAAAAUGAAACUUGCCUUCAUAGGAGAUAUGUGCAGCAUUUGGACAAUGAUUCAGCCUGUGCUCAUUGCUAUAGUUCCAGCCUUAAUUCUCUAAUCAUCUUUCCAUGUGUGAAAACAUGAAACCAAACCUCUGCUUCUGUCUUUUCUAGGAGACAGUAAAUUCUGCAUCAGUGCAAAUGUCAAGCAUAUUGAAGGAGAAGUUUUUGAAGCAGUGGAAGUGAAGUUGGGGUGGACAGGCACAUAAAGUCUGUGUAGUUAUUGUGAAACUCAAAAUAUAUAUUUCCACAUCUUUCCUUACACCAGAUGUGUCCAUGCAGACUUCCAAGGAAAGAGCAAAACAUUUCUCAAGUUGAAGAAAGAUUGCUUUUUGUUGACUACAAGAGGGACAGGCUGUGUUUGUAAGGAGAGAAAAGAAGGGUGAUUCAGCUGCGAUUUCCACCAAAGCACAACAAGAGAGAUUUCAUUUUCUCUUCAAUUUAAAUAGAUCUUGUGCUUACUUGUUAAAUUCCUGACCUUUAACCUGUUACUGUUAAGUACAGCUGGCUCUUAACUCGAGUCUCCAGUUCUCUGGGCCCGUCUCCAGGCUCUGUAAUCAGGCGGCUCUGGAGGGAGGAACAGGCCAGAUGGUCCACUCAUCUUCAGGGCUCACAGUGAGGGAUUUCUGUCCAAUCACAACUGGAGAGCCGAGGUGUAUUUACCAAUUAGGAAAGGGGUCUGUAAAUCAGUGGGGGUGUGGAUGUGCAUGUGUGUGUGUUUUAUGAUGAAUUAGGUUAUUUCAAGUAGGGUAUAGCCGCUGCCGCCUCCUUCUUCUCCUUCUCCUCCUCCUCCUCCUUUCUUCUUAUUUUUCUGCUGAGUGCUCUGAAACAGCUACACAGCCCUCUGCCCUGGGUCUCUUCAUGUAAGCUAAAUGAAGCAGAACCGCUACGCCGAAGAACAGCAUCUCAUUCCAAUUAAGAAUUAAUACUGCAGCAGCCAGGAUUUAUUCCCUCACUCUUUCUCUCCGGCCCCUACUGUACUGACUCCGUCUGCAUCUCUGCAGAUAGAUAGAUAGAUAGAUAGAUAGAUAGAUAUCAUCAAUGUUCCACUGUUUAUUGUGCCUGUAUUCACAUUUGUAGCAUAGAUUUUAUGCGACAAAACAACAUGGUAAUGCACAGCGUGGCAUUAAAACAUAGAAGGGAAGAAGCUGCUCAUGCUAAGUGAACGCAGCAGUAAACGGACAGAAACCCACAUUAAGGAACUCUCUCAGUUCAUGCACCAAAUCACAUUGGAUCAAGUAACAUAAACAAAUCUAGGCGGCUUAGAUUUGCUAAGUUCUGCUUGCCAAGGAAAAAAAAGAAAGACCUGCAUUGCUGCAAAGUUUUUAAGCAUGGGAUCCAUUUUUUAUAAAACACUUAAAAGCCACUGAUCACAAGUUUUAAGAGCCUCCAGGGAACGAUUUUUCCUCUAAGGAACUCAAAUCCACUUGAAAUCAAUUAACAUUUUGUAACUUUGCCCCUUAAUCGACUCAAAGUUUCAUUUGUUAGUUUGUUGUCGAUCCAUUUCUUGUUGUUUUUCUCGCCAUUUUAGCCACCAGUUGUCUUGGUACUGCUUGUACAUUUAAAAACCCAACUCCAUCCAGGGGUGUGGGGAUAUAUCAGUCUGGACGACAGGCCGACACUGCCAUCCCUGAAACCUCUCUGGUUUCAUGAUAUAAAAUGUCAUUUAGACAACACUGUGUUUCCUAAAACACAUUUACCAUCAAAAUGAUUUGUGUUAUGAUGUAAGUGGAAGAGACUGCAGAGCUGCUGUGAUGAUUUACCGUAAAAGACACUCUGACACAGAGACUGAGUCUGAGAUAGAUAGAUAGAAAACAGUAAGGAUGGAAGGAUACACUUGAUAGAUUGAUAGCCAGUUACACAGAGCUAUGGCUUUCUACUCCAUCUGCUCCUCACGCUCCACCUCUCUCGCCCUCCUGCUCCACCCUUUCCACCUCUGACUCCCGCUCUCCGCUGUAAGUGAAUGUGGGUCACAUCUCGCAGUCCUUCUCUGUCUCCCGUCUCAGGGGUGUGUGAGUAAAGCAGGUAACAGAGAAGAGGCUCAAGUUCAGCGUGCCUGCGAUCUGGAGUUGUGCCUCUUCCCAAAGGACUGAGAGGAGAGGAAAUGGAGCGCACAGUGAAAAAGUUAGGACUGAACCUCAGCUCUUCUGAGUCACACAGAGAAAACUGAUCUGCAGCCUUGUGGGUUUUACUCAUAAAAAAAAAAAACAGCUUGAUUUAUACAGGGUCAGAUAUUUGCGUUUGACAUGAAGGUCAUUAAUAUUUAGCUAAACUUGAUGAAACUGACGAACGAAACUGACUGAAAAAGCAGGGGACACCGUUUAGAGGAGUGCAGACCCCUUUAUUAUAGAGAUAUACAGUAUUUUAAAAUUCAGAAAUCAUUUUCACAGUAAACAUGCAUACAUGAAAACAGAGGAGACUUUAUCUUAUCUUAUUUAUCUAUUUCAGUUCACUCUGAAAAACACUGGUUGAAGAAAACUUAAUGUAGGGAGAAACUUCUAGUUUAUGAGUUAGAUCCUUCUGCUUUGAAGUGAACCAGAUCUACUCUGUCGGCUGUUUUUGCCCUAGUUCCUACCAAAUGCCAUAAACUUGGGCCAUUGGCUGUUCAGUUCUCCUGCUGAGAAAAUUGGAAAAACAGCGUAACUUACAUAAAAUUUAUGUAAAUAUUCAUGUGAGCAUCACCUCUUGAAGGACCCCACUGAGCAUUUUUUGGUCUAAAAGAGGUCUAAUAGACGUCUAAAUGUAGCCUAGACGACUGGUCUAAAAUCAGGCUACUACAGACGUCUAAAUUUAGACCAAGUUUAGACUAAAUCUAAAUCUGGGCUAUAUCUAUACUACACUGUAUGUUGCUAAACAGCUAUCAUAAUUUUUUUGGUUAAGUACUUGGAGAUCAGUUAUGCAACUCAAAGUGGCUUUUUGAAAUAAAUAGUCAUCAAUAAUGGGUUAAAGUGCAACGUCUAAAUUCCGUCUGAAAAUAUACAGAAUCUAGACGGUUGAAAUUAGGAUUACAAAAAAACUAGACAUCUAACCUGUCUAUUGCUCAGUGGGACUAAUGGUGGCAUUGAAAUCUGGUGGAUGACUUCUAAACCCGCUUGAAUUAAUGUUGUCUUAGAGUCAAGUUGCACGUAAUAAGGAAAACAGGGUGAUUUUUUAAAAAGAAAAUAUGUAUAUAAAUCAAAAACAUGAAUUAAACACACCAUCGCUUCGCUUCACUCAAGACUGCUUGAGUCAAAACUGAUCUUUUCCAAAAUUUGGAACCAAAAACUAGAACUUUGUGAUCUCAUCUAAAUCCUAAAAUAAAUAAAAAAAAUUAAAUUUAAAAAUCAGGGUUCAGUAUUAAGUUACACAGAAUUGUCAAGUAAAUACAGCAGUUUGAGCUCUGUGUGUGUGCAGACAAAUUGAUGCUCUUCUGCCUUUUAGAAUAAUCAAGUGAUGUAGCUGAAUUUUACAAGUUGAUGAUGUGCUUUUGCUCAAAAGUUAUCAAAAAGUUAUCAAGUUAUCAAAAAUUUAAAGCAUAUCUCGACAAUUUCUCAGGCUUUUAAAGCAAAUGAAAUUCCCUGACACUGUUAUCUGACAGACUGAAAGAGAAAUUAACAAAUAUUUAAUGAGAACCAUCAAGGAUAGUCUGAAUAACAUGAAACACUCUUUGAACACUAAUGGUAUUGCCCAUGAACAGGAAGCGCUGCAAACACCCUUCAUAAACACUCAAGUGACUCAAAACUUUAAGGUUUUGGCCUUUUAUUGAACCAGAGCACACAAUAUCCCUCUACAUUUAUACUCACCAAGGUUGCACCUCUUGAGAGAAACCCUUUAAAAACUGUCAUGACAGAAUGAAGAAAUUUAAGGAGAUCUAGAACUGAAAGUUUACAUUUCAGGCCUAAGUUCAUCACAUUUAUUGUAAAAUAUUUUUUGCUUAAUACUAUUUAUAUUCUAUACAUUAUAUAUCUGGCACACAUAUAAGAUUUGUGUGAGUCAUAAGAUGCUGACUCACCGUACGUAAGGUUUUAUAUUUGGAAAUCUCUACAGCAAGAAAUAACUGCUUGAUCAGCUGAGGUGCUGUGGGUUUCAGAGCUGCAGUGAUAGCUCUUACAUGCUGGCUUGUGAUCAAAUUUCUGGGGAAUUACACCAAAUGUCAACCAAAAUAUCCUUUAAUAAGGGGUUAUUAAAAAAUUACACAUUUUUAUGAUGGUUACUAUGUUCACGGUUGUCAGGAUCAGCUGCUUUCUCCCCCCCUCAAAGUACUAUUCGCUUUUUUUCUGCAGCUGCCUCCACUGCCUGGAGCUGAAAAUAAUUUCACUUUUAAAUCUGGUCAUGCUUGUCAGGGACUCUUUGUCAAGUAUUCAUUUAUAUCUUAAAUAGGCCUUCUAGAGUGAUAAUUGAUGUAGCAGGCCAAAAAAACAAAACAAAAAAAAAACAUCCUAAAAACAUGUUCCUGUAAUUUAAUCUUUCUCUGUGAUCGUCAUAAACCUGUAUUUGGAAAAGCCUGGGUGUCUGUCAUUGGCUUCAUGUUCAUGAUCUGGUCUAAAAAUCAUCUCAAAAUGAAAUGAAAUGAAAAAGCUUGGGGAGAAAUAAGGUUUGGUCCUUAUCUCUCCUUGUAUCUCUCUGUGGAUGUGGACAGUAAGUGGAGAUUUGUGCCUCCUCAGACACAGAAGAAACAAGUCCAACAAGACUUUAAUCUGCCAUGUUGUCUUGUAACUCUGCUGGGAGCUGUCUGACUAAUAAAGUAUUGACUCUCUUGGCACCUACAGGAUUUGGGGUGUUUUUCUGGGUCUGAAGAUUUAUCUCCUGGUUGAAGCAAAUUAGGAAGGAAGCUCAAAUAAAAGCAUUAAGUCGACUCUAAUCCAGUUGUUCGGGCUGAACAGCAGCCUUACAUAUUGAGCCAGUGAAUGAGGGUUGAAGCAGUGAAAUGAGGCAGGUGAUGGAGGGAAAUGUAAGUCUUAAUUGAGCCUGUAUUCAUUCACAGAUCAUAGAGGUAUUCAUUCAGGGUUUCUGAAGAUGGGUAGCAGGGUCUAACCUAACAGGGACUCUAUGGCACAAAUCCUGUAGUAUUUACUACACCCCUUAGACUCAUGAAAGAUAUUUUCGUCUUCCCUGUGGCUGAUGGCACAAGCUUCAACAUGGCAUUGAUGCACCGAACAUGAAAGACUCCUGCUCUUUUGCUGCAGGACUCUGCUUUUAUGCAGGCAGUCAGUGUGGGGUUGUUAGUGCUGCUUUCAAAUUGCUGUUUGGGAUGAGAUUAUAUUGUAUGUCAUAGAAAACACAUUGGAAUGAAGUCAUACAGAGCACAUACAGCACAUGUUGUGAGGCUUACACUUCAAUUAAAGGUUUACUAUGUUGUUACAGAAGAAAUUUAUCACGUUAUGUUUUAAUUAUCGAGUCACUUAUUUUGCUUUUUUCUCCUUGGCUUUCUCACAAAUCACCCAAUGUUGUGAAAUGCUUGAAUCUGAUUGGUCAAAACCCUUUGACAGUGGUUGUAAACCAAUCAGCAGAAAGGUCUACAGCACAUCUACAAUAAGAAAGGAUAAGAACUUUAUUGAUCCCCAAAGGAAAAUUCAAUUGUCCGUUGUCUCAAGUAAUAUGUCUAAAAGUUAUCUAUUAUUUACAUAAGAGUUAUAAAGCCGGAUGGCUGUUGCAGUGGCGAUUGCUCUAAGACUGCAAGGGAAGCUCGGCUUCCCUUAAAAUGUCACCCCCCAAAAAAAAGAAAAAGUGGUGAAAUACGUACGGCUGUGUGUACAUUUCAUUAACUAAAUACGCACUAGAAAGCCUUCAACUUUUGUUCAGACACUGUGAUAAGAAGCUGAUAAUCACAGGUAACCGGCAUAACUUCGUUCUCAUUCAUCCUCCCAGCGCCUCAGCGCUUCACACAGCCGGACGCUGGGCUUCUGCUGACUUCAAUGUGGAAGCUUAAAGUGGGUUGUUCCAGCAGCGAAACUAGACGCUCAUUGGAUAAAUGCUGGACUUUGUCCCGCCCAAUGGAAGCCCAGCUUCACUGGAGUUCUAUGGCGAGAGGGCGGUCCCGACUUUCUCCCGGACUCCAAGCUUCUGCAUCCAUGAUUGGAUGAGCUGUCUGAGGCGAAAUCCUUUUUUGAUUGACAGCUAAACAAGCGAAUCAGCGAUCUUGAAGAAUAAAACAUCUGCCAGAGCAUUUUCCAAGUUAUUCAUUCCGUUGUUCUUAACUGCUCCAGAGACUUAACCGAUCCUCAGCAACUUUUGUCUUUGUUAAAAACGACUGCCGUUGUGUUUGGCGACUCUGUCCUGUUACAUACUAAUAAACAAAUACAAUUAUGAUGUAGGCCAGAAAAAUGAGCUUCCCCUCCUUGAAAGACCAGCAGCCGCCACUGGGCUGUUGGUACAAAAGAUCUUCUAAAUCUAAACAAAAAUCUAAAUCUAGUGUUUAUGAAUUAAAUCUGACAAAAAUAUCACUUUCUGAUGGCACCAGGAACAGCAUUGAGGAUUUUUUCAAGUCUCAAUUAAUUGGGAGAGCACCAAACUCAGAAUUUCUGGUUUAUCGCUGACCAGUUAAUGGCAAAAAAAAAGGGUGAUGAGCUGGUGGAAAACAGAAUGGUUGGACUUGAAAGUAAGACGUGGAGUUUAAUGUCCCAUUCAGAUAAUUUUUUUUAACUUAAGUGUUCUCAGUGGUCUUUAAAUUGUGAUUAUGAAGCUUUUACCAAAAAUCGUGUUACCUGUGUUAUUUUCAAGGACUUUUCUUCUGCACAGCUCCAGUAGCUCAUUAGCAAUUCGCCUCUGAGUCGUGGGUGUAGUCAGCGCUGCUUCGCACACUCGUCUUCACGUUAGCUUGCAGCCUAACAUUACUGGUGUAGUAGAAGUGGCAGGUAACAUAGGAGCAAUUCAGCACUCAGACACUAAUGUCUUUAGGGACACAAUGAAAGCUAAAAUCAUAAUUUGCUUUCUUACGAGCAUUACGCAAACGCUUGUUCCGUGAUCAUCCUCUGUAUUUCUCUGAGCCUGGCCUGCAUGGCGGGGCGGAGCUUGGAUUGGUUACAUAUGAAAUCUCACUGUUUCUGGCCCUGCCCUUUGGGUCUGCCAGAGAUUCACAGCGAUUUGAUUGAAGAAAUACUCAGAGAAGCUAUUUCACAUUUAGUUUUUUCAUGAUAUGUCCUGUAGCGUCAGAAAAAUGUCAUAUGAACAUAUAAAAAACAUGAUUUUCAUCGGAGUGGGUCUUCAAUGUGAUUCGUAAUACUGAGGCAGGCUAAUGUUUAGACUUUGCCAUGAAUAGAAAUUAUGUUAACUGUAUGAAAGAAUAAUUCAGUUUUAAAGCAAGAAAAAAAUCUUUGCAUCAAUUAGUGUCUACUUGAUUCUAUCUUUGGUUGGUAUCCAGUAGAUAAAGACCGAUGAUUAUUCCAUCUGUAACGUAUUUGUGGGUAAGAUAAUUAUGUAUUUUAUAGUUAAAAGUACAUGGAAUAAUGAAUCUGUGCCGACUCCUAUUUGUCAAAUGCAAAACAACAACAACAAAACUGUGAUAUUGGCCUUGCAUAUUGUCAAUCUGCAUUGACCCACAGAAAGCUGUGACUGGUGGACCACUGGCCCAGUAAUAAAAACGGUAAUAUAUGGUAAGUCAGGAUGUGGUGACACAAGGACCUGAUGUGGAGCUAGCUAUACAUCAUCCCAUACAUAGCUAAUUAAGCCCUGACCUCUCCAAGAUAGGGACACUUACAUAUAAAUCUGCAUGACAUGAACCUAACUAUCAUGAACAUUAGAAUUACUCUACUGGAGAAGGCUGACCUAAAGACCAGCCAUUCUCUGGGGGGUUCACUCCGGGUAGCUGAUGAGCUGUCCACGGGUUUAAACAGACUAUGAGGAAACGAGAUUCGUUAAUCUAAAGAAAGACCGAGCACACAGGAUAAAGUCCCAGGGAUGCUGAACUUUGCACCAGCAGUCAUGGUAGGAUGCAUGCUCAUUAGAUUAAUUGGUGGGAAUGAACUGAAUGUUGUGGUUAACAUUGCAAACACUAUACAAGGUCUCAAGCUACCUAUCUAUUGAAUAUGUUAGCAGCAAAAAAGCAAAAAUUUAACAUCCUCCUCUCCUGUUUGCAUCAGUUUAAACCUUGAACAUAAAAUGUUAGUUUUGUUCACUCGAGUGUAUUUUUCUGCUUUGAUCUGCUGAACCUUAUCACAGGACCUUUGGUUUCUUUAAGCAGACAUCAACUCAUCCAGAGAGAACAUCUGUAAUGUCUGUGGCUCAUAAGGGAGCUUUCCAAAGUGUGAGAAAAUAACCUCGAUGAUGCCAUAGAGACGUUAUCAGGUUUUUUUUUUCUGACUUGGCCUUAAGUCAUUGAUGUAGCCUGCGUUACAAACCCUGGGCUGUUAAAUUUGAAAGACAGGGGGGAUUUAGGAGGCAGGGAGCUGAGGAGCUCUGAUGAAAGAUGCUAUGUAGUUUCAUUACGGGAUGUGAAAGAUUUACGGUUUUCUCACAGUCUUUGCUGCUUCAGUUUUGACCAGUCUUUGUAUCAUGUGUCUCUUGCAUUUUAAAAAUAUAGAUCUGUUUGAGAACAUUCCCCAAUAGUUUAUAGUCGGGCGGCAGUAGCUCAGGAGGUAGAGCAGUCGUCCAAUAACUGGAAGGUUGGCGGUUCGAUUCCCCCCUAUCCCAAGUCUGUCUGUUGUGUCCUUGGGCAAGACACUUAACCCACCUUACUCCCAGUAUGUGUCCUCCACUGGUGUAUGAUUGUGAGUGUUGUGUGGUGGUGGUCGGAGAGGCCGUAGGCGCAAAAUGGCGGCCACUGUGACUACUAAGGUAGUUUACCACCACCAAAGUGUGACUGUGUGAGCGAAUGAAUGAUGUAUCCAAUGUAAAGCACUUUGAGGGUCUCUGAUAAAGCGCUGUAUGAAAUCUGAUGCAUUAUUAUUAGUUUAAAAAUAAUAAUACUGUUAAAUAGAAACUGUAUUAAAGAGAAGAUUUUGCGUCCGUAUGUGCUUUUAUUCUGUUACUAAUCUAGCACUGAAAUAAUCUUUAGUAACUUAAUUACUUUUGUGAGCCGCACCAUAUUUUAAAAAAGCUAAAACACCCAGUCUACUCACUUCCAUUGACCUCCACCUAUGUGUUAAACCAAGGUCAGACAGUCAUGAAAGCUUUAAGUAGCAAACGCAGCAGUAUGGUCUUGACAGUUUUCUAUUUGGGGGUAAAAAUAACAUCUGCAGUCUUAUCAAAACAAGACGUUUCUGUUUCCUUGACGAUGAUGCAGAUGGUGUCUGAAAUUUUGUGAGUUUGUGUCUUAUAUCCUGUCUAUUUGAAACGGCUUUCUGUUUGAUCAUGUGCUAGAAAUAGUAAAACUGACCAUUAAAUGAAGAGGAGAAAGUGAGUAAAUUUGGAUUUAAAAGGCUCAUUAAAUUUAUUUUGACAUAUUCAGACGGGUCCAAAUUUCAAGGUGUUGAAAGCUACUUUACAUCUUCUAUGGAUGGACUUGCUUUUUCUUCUGCCUCGUCUUGUAAUGGAGGACCUUUCUGAAUCUUGCAUCUUUAGUUCUUUGUGCUCAUUGCCAGGAUGUUGUGUGUGUGUGUGGGCUGUGAGGGACUUAACUCAUGAAAUCACGUGCGCUUAUACAAUGCUGGUUGUUGGUAGUUUGUGCAUUUUGGUGUGCAGCCAGUGGCUGAUGGGAGUUUUGUGUUGGAGUUGACAUUCACAGCAGAAACAAAGCUGGAGAAUUUAUUCAGCAAUAUUUUAAAUAUUUAUUUUAUUUUUGUGUGUGUGCGAGCCCAGAUAUAGAGUAGAUGUCAGAACAUUGAGAGGAGAUGUGAGGGAAAUAAAAAUAAUCAGUGGAGGUGACUGUGAAGAAAGAUGGCCACAACUGACAGAUUUCCUGUCCUUGUUAUCAAAAAGUAAAAAGUUGAUGUUUCUUUCCUUUAUGUCGAUGCUAAGAGGUACUGGUCACCGGUAUUUGGCUCAAAUAUGACCCCCCUAAAUCAGGUUCCAAGAGGUAACAAGCAAUUAUGUGCUUUCACCUUUGUUUGGUUGUUUAUAUUUUGCUCAUUUGAUAUUUUUUUUGUGCUUGAGUAAACCUGAAAUAAAAUCCACCAAAACUCCCUCCAUAUCUUUUUACCUUUGUUGGAAACAUAUUCAUAGUUGGGCUCUAAAGUAAAUAAAUAUUACUUCUUUGAUAGAAACAGGUAUAAAGACCUAAAAUCCCCACUGCACAGCUUUUAGCUUCACACCACAGAGGAAACAAACACAGUUAGCAACUAGCUAGUCACAGCUGACAGAAAAUGAGGCAAAGAGACUAAACUUCGACUAAAACAUUCAUUCAAGAGGUCAUUGGGAUAACUUCAAGUAAGAGAUAUCAUAAUGCAGUUGGCUAACAUGAUUAUCACAGGGGGUGGAAGUAGGAUAAGGCUCUAGCAGGUACUCUUUCUCUGCAUUUUGUUUUAUUUCUGCAUUAAGAUUAAAGCAGCUGUCUCUUUAAAAGUUCCCUCCUUCCGCAAAAGGCGGGAGGCGGUCCCCAGCGCCUAGGCAACCAGCGUCCAAAAGUGCGCACUGAGUGCUCCCACCUCUGGAGUUUGUUUGUUUGGAGAAGCAAAUACAACUCACUCGCAAGCAGCAUAAUCCUAUUGGAUUACUACGGUUAGAAUGCAGAGUGCAGACUGACUCAUGGAAACAAAGUUAGCAAAUGUAGCCUACAUAUAUUGCAGGGGUGAAAGUUUGGGUACCGCUGUGCACCGGUUGUAAAUUGCUGUAUAUGUCUUCCCGGUACGGCGUACAGCUGCGUACUGGCUUAGCUUUCACCCCUGGGUUAGCAGAAGUUAUAAGGCAAUACUCUUUCACCAGCUUGUCAUUUUUUUAUUUUUCUGUUUUCAACAACUGUAUCUGUAUAUUUUAAGACACAAUUGAUCUUAAAAAGUCAUUGGAGUCGAUGGAUUUAAUUAACAAUGCGGUAGACCUGAAAAAGAUUGUGAAUAAUAGACUCACAGUCUGUGGUUUGACAAAUACAGGAUCCACAUCCACUUGAGAUCUGUGGUCUGUGAAUGUUUGUUAUUGUCUGAAGACCAGCUCUAAAAGACGAAAUAUUCAGGCGUCUUACCGUGAGAGAAACAGUUCCGGCUCUACAAAAAUAUCUGUGAGAGUCUCUUAGGGAAGAACGUUUUUAUCGCGGAUUUGAAAAGCCUAGAGGUUAAAUUAAGCAGCUUUGGGGCCACAUGUGACACCUCUGCUCUAAAAUGCCCCUUAAUUGAAGGCCUUAACUCCCACAGCACGGUGGAUGCUUUGUUUCUCCUGCCUCAUUAGUUUCUCUAAAUUUGGACCUCAGCAAGAAAUUGUAUUCGCAUCAAGCCAUCCUGGCAGCCGCACGAGGUUUAAAAGCUAUUUAUGUACGUAGAGAAUAAUGCAGGAGAGAUCUGUGUGUUAGUCUUUGCUUUGGAGUUAUCCUCUGACAGAAUUAUGAUGAUGAGUGUACAAAGCUGAUUACCUGGCUUUGCUCACAUUCACUGGCUCUCUCUCUCUCUCUCUCUCUCUCUCUCUCUCAGGUGUUGUCUGCUGCUUUUUUUUGCAAUCCUGGUUGUCAUUUGCUGAAUAUUGUACACAAUUCUGAAUCAUACUAAAUCCCAGCAGAUAAAUGAUACUUGGUUUUAUAAAGAUGUGGGUUUUAAGAUAAUGAAUGUACAUCCGAGAAUAAGUCAAGUUAAUGUCUUUUCGUUAAUAAAUCGAAGCAUGUUUUUAUUCCUUUAUUUCUCGGGUAUUUAAUAGACAGUGUUUAUGUUGCAUCAUCACAGCUUCCUUUGAAAACAAACACUCGCUCUCUCACACACACACACACACACACACACACAUAUCUUUUUCCUUUGUUUGUGCUUGUGUGACAGUCAGUCUGUGAUGUCUCUCCACAGGAUAAUGCACUGGGCCCGGCGCAUCGAGCAGGAGAUUGACAGAGUGUUUCAGCACAUCACUGGAGCUCAGCAGUUGAAAGGGGUGAGUGUGUUGCUCUCUCUUUUUAUAGUAUACAAGUCUUACUCAUCGGAGCGCUGCAUUAAUAAAAUAAAAAAAUAAAAACAUGCAAUGAGCGGAGAGCUUAGUGCGCAAAAAUGCUUUUAAUCCAUCAAGUUUAUCAGCCAAAGCUAAGCAGCUGCAUUAAGAAGGAAAAAAGAAAAAACAUGAUGCUAUUUCUGGGGCUGAUAAACACGACUUUGUUCCCUCUAGACAGAUAUAAAAGUCUCUGUUGUACCUCUUAAUUUUAUCACUUUACCGAACAUAUACUCAGUUCUUCAGAUGCCUCGCCAAGUUUUUUUUCUGGCACCUUUUGUAGUGUUUGCAGUAAUUAUCAAUCUCGCACACAUUGUAUGAUUCCUACAAAGCGUCACAUACGCCUGAACACACGCCUACUGCGGUUACAUUUAGAAAAUCUGGCAUCAUGUUUCCUAAAGUCAUGAGCCUAAUAACACCUACAUCCAUGAAUACUAAUUCAAAUAUUUCAUAAGAUAACCGGAUAUGCUUCUGUUUUAGUGAUGUGAUACAUUUUUACAUUGUCACGUAUUUUCUAAUCACACAAAGGUCAUUUCACAAAGGUUGCCUGAUUUGUUUAAUUCGCUGAUAGAUCCUGCAAAUGAGAAACCUGGACACCUUACUUAGGGUGACCAUAUUCUGACUUUCCAAAAAGAGAACAGGACGAUACAGGGGCGGAGUCACAGUGUCAAUGAAGUUAAUUUUGAGAGUUUUUCGGGUCUGAUGGAGUGUCCUUUACACGCUUCUAACUCAGUAAGUCCACGUAACACAAACUCGAAACUUACACACAAAGCCGCAGACAUUUGAAGGACCUUAUAAACCUCCCCGGACAAACCUGGACAGCUCGGACAGCCCCCCAAAAAGGGGACAUGUCCGGGUAAAAGAGGACAUAUGGUCACCCUACCUUACUUUCUUAGUUUCCUGUGAGAUUAAGCUCAGUGUAAACUAAUUCCAGUGGAGAAUAUGGAUUAUAAAAAGAAAGACGAACAUUUUAAUGAGGUUUAAUUUAUACUGAGCUGGUGGUUAUGUGAAAUAGAACCCAGACAGGAUGAGACAAAACCCAGAAACAAAGCAGGAUCUCCACCUGCUCACUAUACAUUAUAUACACUACUUACUACCUGGCUACCAACUGAAGAUACAAACAAGUUGAUACAAAGUAUGAAUCUCAACAUGUUUCAUUAAUUAAACUUGUAUUUAAAUGUACGGUUAAUGAAAGGUCCAUCAGAUCAUAUCAUCAAAUUCAAAUUAAACUGAACAGUGACAGUCUCAACAUAAUCCUGCUUUACUGUAAUAAUCACAUGAACGUCAAAAUAUUUAUUUACCAUAAAGUCUAAAUAUUUGUAUUUUUCUGUUGGCAGUCUUAACUGACCCUGAGACCUGAGGACCUCUUCUCCGAAACUCUCCUGUUGAAGUGUAGACUGAUGAUCAUCCUUUGACGAUAUUCAGCAUUUGCAUUUGACCCUAAAGGUGGUCAGUAGAAUUAAUCAACUACCAUUUAAGCUCUGAUGCAAGAGUGUUGUAUCUCCUGGGUGUGCUUUUGCUCACCACUCUGCCUUUCCAAAUGUCCUACCCAUGACUCUAUCUAAUUGACUUGAUGGCAUAUGACUGUGACUUUACCAAACUGUUAAGUGUAUCAUUUUGACAGUUCAGUUUUGAUAAGAAAAUCUGUUAAAGGCAUUUCAACCAAGUUUUGAGUUGGAGAAAAAUACUCAGUGACCAGUUCAGAAAUUUCUUGGCGUAAUUGUUGUUUAUGUAAAAAAUAGUUGAUUACAAUCAUUAAAUACAAAAACGUGAAACUGGAUUGAUCUUUCUGUACACCUGAGUUUUGGGUUCAUCUGAUGUGAUUUUCAAACUGAUCCACUUAAACAAUUCUCUUCUCAAAUCCAAAACACGAUCAAGACUAUUGUGCUUCCUGGCUGUAACAGGUGGCUUGUCAUCGUGAAGGGUUGUCCCUGAAAAGGCAAAUGCCAAGAAACAGGACCAGAGUUCAUCUGUAGGGGGCAAGAGAGGCCCGCUCUGAGAGAGGUAGUGUGGGGGUCUUCCCUCAGCAGAGAGCUGUCGCUUGUGUCCUCUCUGUUUGUGUCACAGCUGAGCAGAUGGUCAGCCUGCAGCCUGCACACAUGCCUUCAUGUGAUACUCACUUAUUCAUUCCCUCUACAUUAAUCCCUCCAUCCUCCUGAAAUGCGGUGGGAUCUGGGAAAGAAAUCGCUCAGUGCAGUUUACCCUUGUUAAAGAAACAAGUCAUUUGAAUUGAGUGGUAGUCAUCCUCAACCUGUAAGAAAGCAUGAAUUUACAGUUUUAAGCUCUUUAGACAGCUAUUACUUUCAUAUCAUUUGGCUGUACUGUGUGUGCUGUAUUUCUUUUGAGUUUAGCCGGUUCUCUAUCUCAUCGGUAAUGAUGCUCAUUUGUUCAAAAACAAAAUAUUACCCUGAAGAUUGGGCUAAUGGGAAUUCCAGUAGGCUGCGAUCACAGGAUCACAGAACAUCAGAACAAGCUCUGCCAUAGUUUCCCUGCAGAGAGAGUAGUGCCACCAAAGUAGUCAUUCUUGAAUCAAUCAAUCAAUCAAUCAACGUUAUUUCUAUAGCACAUUUUAAAAAUUACCACAAGGGUAGUCAAAGUGCUGUACAAUGAUACAUAAAACAAAUAACACAAAGAGCAAGAUAAAGUGAGCAGAAAUACAUUAAUGCAAGGGGAUAAAUAAGUAAAAUAAAUAAGCAGGCUCACGGCAGGUGCUAAAAUGAUAAAAAACAAAGUAACACUAAAAAGUAUCAAAAGCCAAGGAGUAAAAGUGUGUUUUUAAAAGGGAUUUAAAAACAGGAAAUGAGGAGGCCUGUCUAAUAUUCAAGGGCAACUCGUUCCAGAGCUUCGGGGCAGCAGCAGCAAACGCUCUGUCCCCUCUGAGCUUCAGCCUUGUAUAUGGGACCGUCAGUAGCAGCUGAUCGGCUGAUCUUAAGGGUCGGGGUGGGCAGUAAGGCUGGAGCAUUUCAGAAAUGUAAGGUGGAGCAAGAUUGUUCAGGCUUUUAAAAACAAAUAUUAAAAGCUUAAAAUGAAUUCUGUACUGUACAGGGAGCCAGUGUAAGGAUGCCAGGAUGGGGGUGAUGUGCUCACGCCUGCGGGUCUGGGUGAGGAGACGUGCAGCAGAGUUCUGCACAAGCUGCAGGCGGGCAAGGGAAGCCUGGCUAAUCCCUACAUACAGAGAGUUACAGUAGUCAAGACGGGUAGUUAUAAAAGCAUGGAUUAAUUUUUCCAGGUCAGGUCUUGAUAAAAUAGGCUUCACCUUGGCUAUUUGACGUAGCUGAUAAAAACUUUUUUGUACCACCCCGCUGAUCUGUUUCUCAAAUUUAAAAUCAGGGUCAAACUUAACUCCCAGGUUAGUGACGACCUCUUUAAGGUAGGGUGAGAGGGAGCCUAGGUCGAUGUUGGGGGGGUGGCCUCCACUUGGUCCAAACAUCAUUACCUCGGUCUUGUUCUCAUUUAGACUGAGAAAGUUAAAAGAAAGCCAGGCUUUAAUGUCCUUAAGACAGUUGGUGAGUUGCUGGACUGAGUUGGAGUUGUUCUGUGCAAGUGGAACAUAGAUCUGACAAUCAUCAGCGUAAAAAUGAAAGGAGAUGCCAUGUUUCCUAAAAACAGAACCAAGGGGGAGUAAAUAAAAGGCAAACAAAAGAGGGCCAAGGAUUGAGCCUUGGGGGACCCCAUGUGGGAGGGGAGCUGUUGACGACACAGAGUUGUCAAGUUUAACGCAGAAACUUCUGUCCCUUAAAUAAGACCGGAACCAGUCCAGGGCAACACCCUUAAUGCCCACACAGUGCUCCAGGCGAGAGAUUAAAAUGCUGUGGUCAACAGUGUCAAAUGCAGCAGACAGAUCUAAGAGCACAAGGACAACAAACUUUCCAGAGUCUGUUGUCAUUAGAAUAUCGUUUGAAACCUUUAAAAGUGCUGACUCUGUGCUGUGGAGAGCUUUAAAACCAGACUGGAACAACUCUGUGAUACCAUUAUCUUCCAAAAAUGGUAACAAUUGAUUGUAGACCACCUUCUCUAAAAUCUUGGACAGAUAUGGAAGAUUUGAGAUGGGUCUGAAACUGGCACAGAGGGAUGGGUCAAGGCCGGUUUUUUUAAGUAGAGGCCGUACUACAGCAUGUUUAAAAUCCUUAGGUACUGUACCAGAGGAGAGGCUACUGUUAACAAUAUUAAGGACACUUGGUCCAAUAGUAGCAAGUACCUCUUUAAACAAGCGAGGGGGGAUGGCAUCAGCAGGGGAACCAGAAGGCUUCAUAUGGCCGACUAUGUCCUUUAAAAUAGAGAGGGACACAGACUCAAAUUUGGCAAAGACAGAUGUGGGGUGCAGAGGGGCAGAAAGGUCAUAUGAAGGUUGAGAGAUACAGGCUCUGGUUGACAUAAUUUUAUCAGUGAAGAAGUGGAGGAAUUUUUCACAGAUUUCAGUGGAGGAAUCAAAACCAAGAGACUUGGGAGCCUCAAGGACAGUGUUUAUGGUUUUGAACAGAGCUCUGGGGUUGUUACAGUUAAAAGCAAUUAAUUCUGAGAAGUAUUUAUUCUUCUCGGCUUUUACAAUCCUCUGAUAAUUCCUCAGACUAUCUUUAAGGAUGCCAAGAGACACGUGCAGUCUGUCAUUUUUCCACCUGCGCUCCGCCCUCCUGCACUCACGCCUGGCUGCACGAGUGACGUCGUUCAACCAGGGCUCGGGUGUAGGUUUGGUGCGCCGGGUCUUCAGAGGAGUGAUCGUGUCCAGUGUUUGUAGACAGGUGGAGUGAAAUCUCAGUACCAGUUCCUCAGUAUCCAAACACACAGGGGCUGCAGAGUCAUCCUCGCAGAGACCAACGUAGGUGGAAGAGAACAGAGCAGGCGAGGAAGAGUUAAACAUGCGACGCGGUUUAGGUGGAGCGCGCAGUUUAACCGGACACUGAGUGGGGAUGUCAAAUAAAAUCGGCAUAUGGUCCGAGAAAACAGCGUCACAAAUGACAAGGUUAGACACACACAGACCAUGCGAGAGCACCAGGUCUAGUGUGUGCCCGAGAUUAUGUGUAGAACCGGACACAGACUGCACGAAGUUAAAAGAGUCAAUGAGAUUUAAAAAGCUCCUGGAGACCGGCUCUUCAGGGCAACAAGUGUGAAUAUUAAAAUCACCAACAAUAAGGACACGGUCGUAUUUCGGCAGAAUUUCGGCCAGAAAUUCAGAAAAGUCACUUAUAAAAUCCUUAUUGUACUUGGGUGGUCGAUAAAUGACGGCGCACAGGACAACAUGAGAGCGGCCCAGUUCAAACAAGCUCAUUUCAAAACUUGCAAAGGAGAAUUUCAGGCUGAUCUGCCGGCAUUUAAAGUUGCUUUUAAAAAUAACUGCUAUUCCACCUCCUUUUCGACCAGACGACCGCGGGGAAUUAAAAUAGCAGCAAUCCGGUGGACAGAGUUCAAUAAAAGGGCUGGACUCACCGGUACUCAACCAUGUCUCAGUUACACAGAGAAAAUCCAAUCCACGGGACAUGAAGAAAUCCUUCAGAAUAAAAGUUUUGUUUGCCAGUGAUCUGGCAUUGACAAGGCCGAACCUGGUAGAAAUCGGCACGCCCGAGGCAUCGGCUGAUCGUGGAGCCCGACACAGGGCCCGUAGAUGGCGGGGAUUCACCUCACGCCGGCGAGGACGAGGAGAGCAGGGGCCGCGGGGACGGGUUACCUCACCCGAACCGACGACAGGUACCAGCCAGGAGUCGACAGGGUCCAGCGAACGUAGAUGAAAAAAGAGACCAGAUCCCACUCCAUUUCUCCUCAGGGGAACAGCGGAAGAUCGAGCCAAGAGAGCCUUAACUUUCACCAGCUGGCCGCUGCGUUUGCCACGGCGGCGCCGGCGUUUACGCCGGGGAAGUGGAGCGAGGGUGCGGCGAAGGUGAGCAGGUAUCCCGGGGAGUUGAAACAGUUUAAAAGUCGUGUGACCGCAGUGAUCAGGAUCUAAUUUCACCGAAUCCUUGGCAGAGGGGCGAAGAUCCAGCAGGGUUUGGCGGUCGUACACAAACAGUGAGCUGACAUUAUUUAUGACGGUAGACACAAACAGCAGCACAAACACAAACAGCGCUGACAGCGAGAGACGGCAGGCCACACACACCGGCGCCAUCUUGGAUCAGAGUGGGUUUUGAACACCCACUCUGAUUGUUUUCUUUUCAUGACUUAAAGUGUUAUCUGUGGUCUUUAAAUUGUGAUAACGACGUUUUUAGCCACAAUCACUCUACCUUUCUGGGUUAAGCUCCGCCCCCUGGCAGAGCAGGGUGCCAGGGGGCGGAGCUUGGAUUUGUGACAUAGAAAAUCCUACUGUGUCUGAACCUGCUGUUAAAGUCUGCCAGAGGUUCACAGCAAUUUGAAUGCAGAAAUAUUCAGAAAUGCAACUUUGCUCUAAGUUUUCUCAUGAUGUGUCCUGUAGCAUCAGAAAAAUGCCAUAUGAACAUGUAGACAAGAAAAACAUGAUUUUCAUCAGAGUGGGUCUUUAAAGAGUGUUGUUCUCAACGCUAACCAAAUCCAUUUCUAGCUGACUAUAGCUAAUACUGUUGAUUGUGUAAGUAGACUACAGAAAGAAACUCGACUUUCUACUUCUCUGUAACAAAAUGUUAGAAACUAACAGCAGCUUGUAUUUCAUGUCCAAACAAAAGAGCCAAAAUUCAAAGUUAAACCUCUGCAUGAAGCGCUAUGCUCUGCACCCAGCCUUGAAGUUGGAGGAGAGGAUGAUUAUUAUAUGGAAGCUGCUUUAUUUCAGAAAGAAUUUCGUUUAUUCCAGACAGGUACUUAUCAGCACUUAUCAGUCAGCACACACUUCACAGAAACACUCCUGUCUUUACUGCAUGUCUAUAAAGCAUCUGCUCAGGGCAUCAUUUUAGGAACGCCAUGUACGUAGUUCAUUUACAGAAGUUGAUGUAUGAAGAGAGGCUGUCAUACAGUAAAUACACAGGUCAUAAAACACAUUCACGUAGGUCACUGUCUCCUUUUCUGUCGUGUUUCUCUCUGUACUUCACGAGGAGAGGGUGAUGCCCUGAAAACACACACCACACAGCUUAUAUCGAGAUACUGUUGGUGCCUUGGCCUGUGUAUAUCUGAUGAUUAUGAACCUCUUGAACUCCCAAUCCCCAUAGUGUCUGCAUGCAGUAAUAUACAGCCGGUAUAUUUAUGUAGUGAGAGUACAUCAUAUAACAAAAGGUUCCCGACUGUUUCUGAAUGUCGCACGUGAGGCCGUGACAUUUUCUCUGUCCUUCGACUUGAAGACAGACGCAAUGUGAGCAUAUGGAAACAGACACGGCUUCGUUUUGACAGUUACCAUCCCUCCUUUGCAACACAGUGUUUAUUUUAAUUCUCUGUCUUCGCAGAUUGUAGCUCUCUGCUGUACGCAUUCAGAUCUUCGAUUGUAGUCUUUUCAUUCCUGGAGUUACUGGGUGUUAAAUGUUUCAUUAUAUGUUUUGAAAGCACUGUCAUUCAUUUUUCUUUCACAAUCUAUCUUGUUGCUAUGUCUUUGUAUGGAGGUAAACAAGAAGAUGAUAGUAACAUACCCAUGAAUAUGACUGCUAUCUUUCCUCGGCUGAGAGAGUAAAUGCCAAGGUUUUGUUUAUGUCUUUGAGAAACUCAUUUCAGAAUCAUAAUACAUUUCUAUGUGAGUAAAUUGCAUUAAUAUUAUACCGUCUAGGUUUGGAUGUAAGACUCAUGUAGAAGAAGAAAUGUAACCCUGCGUUCUUACUAUCUAAAGCUGCAAACAAAGAUUGGCUUUACAAAUUCAGGAGCUUUACUUAUUCAAUUUUGUCAGCAGAAGAAAUCCAUUUUUAAAAAGUACAGAUUUGAAAAUGAUUGUCUUCAAACAUCACAGGAAACCACGCAGCUACAACUACCCACACAGAUCUGCUACACUAAUGGUAAUGCCGAUUUGUGUUAAGUCAGCUAAGACAAUAUGUGAAAGGUUACAGUAAGUCAAUAGCAGGAUGUGAGGUCAGCAGAAAUAGACUUAAUAGAAUGAUGGUGCAGCUGUUAACACCCUUGACAUUUUCCUCUUUGUCCAUAAAAAAUUAACAGAUCUACAACGAGGAGAGGAGACGGUUCAGUCUGGUGAAGAAUCAGCCGCGGAAGAUUGUGGAGAAAGUGGCCGCAGAUAUAGAGAAACUUCUGGCCAAGAAACGCAAAGCACUUGAUGUGAGUGUACUCCAGUAAGGGAAAUAUGAAACGCUUUACGGACAUGACUGACAGAGACGAGUUAUUACCCCUCCAGUUUUCCCCUUUUGCCAUUUACCAUCAAAUAUUAUAAAGGAAUGCAAAAAUAAAACGAUAUGAGGUGUGCAGUUUUUAAUCAUAGUUAUUUUUCAGAGAAGAUUUACUACUAAACUUAAUUACUGGAGACAUUUUAUUCUUACGUUUAAUUUAGAGUGUAGUCUACCAGCUGUAUUUUUGUUGUAUUUUUCAGAUGUGAUUGAGAUCCAUUGGGUGACUCUGACAAUUUGGUUUGUUUCAUCUUCAGGACUGAAAAAAAAAAAAACUUUGCUGACAAAGCAAACACUUCCUGCAACACUUGCAUUUAAGGUUUAAGGAGACAGGGCCAGAGGAUUUACAUAGAGCUUGCCAACAUUUAUUUAUACAGUAUCAAAGAUCUGCUUGUGUUGUUUAUCUCUUUAAAUUUAAGGCUCAUCUGCAGGUUGACUUUAGCAUGCAGAUAUUCUUUUAUGUUGUUUUAAUGGAUGGCUAAGAGCACACUGGCUAUAAGACAGCUGUUGUUAGAACUUUAAAAACUAUAUUAUUUACAGAAAUCUGUUUAACUGAAUGCAUAUUUUCUUAUGGUAUGCAGAGAUGCCUUAUUUGUGAAUGAAAUGUGUAUAUUUAAUGAUUUUUUUACUCUAUUGUGAUUGUUUCUCUGCGUUUUUCACAUUCAGAGGUUAGCGAGUGAAGCGGAACGGCUCCAGCGAGAGCAUCUUUGGCAGGAUGGUAUCAAGGUAAAACUUCAAACAUUAAACAGUGACAUGUCUGCUGUGUGAUACCCAUGGACUGUAUAUACUAUGGACAACUUGGUUUUGCCUUCACCUGUAUAUGGAUAUGAAGCCGAAAAGCUCUCGGUAAUUCUGCGUUUUUUCUUCACUUCCUAAAACCAACAUUGCACAGUAGUGUUGUACGCAUUCGGCGGGAGAGUUGCCGAGAGUCGCUGUGAUGACACUUGGCUCAAACAGCGUAUCCCCUGGCUUGGCUGCGUAAUCUUCAUACGCCCAUAGGCUGUAUCAGGUGUCAAUCAUAGAAAACAUGAACCCCCUAAUAACGUUUAAAAAUGGAGCUGUACAGAAAAAAGAGGACUUGAGCACAAACUAGUCUUACAGUAACUACAUGUCAACAUCACAACCAGGGAGGAGAAAAAUUUAUAUUUUGUGUAAUAAAUUUCUAAAGUUUGUCCACAGCUCCAUAGGGAUUGCUGGUGGAGGUGGGAUUUAUGACCUGUACUGCAGCCUGUCACCAGAGGGUGCUGUUCUCGGGGUGUCUUCACCCAGCGAGGAGGCAGACGGCGUCCAUUCUAUAUACAGUCUAUGGUGAUAACACAUAAAAAUGAGAGGUGCUCUAGUAUCACGAUAAUGACAGAAACACCUUAAGCUUCCCAAACUGAAAUAUCUAGUCCAAGAAAAACUUUACUUUUUUGUUAGAAUAUAGACUAGAAUAUAUAUAUAAGUGAUUAUCACAGCUUUCUAGGUGUAAUCAUCAAGUGUUGAUAUGUAACACAGUAUUCUACCUGAUUUAUUUAAUUCACAUCCCUUUAUACGCAGCUUUCUCGCGUGUUCAGGCACCCCUCCAAAAAAGGACCCCUAGGGCUUUAUAAACUAUAGACACAAAAACAGGGCUCAGGUGAACACAACUCUCAUGCAGUUUCCACUGGCACAAGUUUUUUUUCGCCUAUUUCGUAAUUACAAAACAAAAAGGCUGAAAAAAAAUGUACACUUCGGUUCUGAAUGUCAGCAGCUGUCCUGGGAAUGUGAUCUGAAAUGAAACAUCUGUCAAACAUUUUUAAUGAAGCGUUCUCUCUCCUGCCAAAGCAAUUUUAUCUCCCUGUUGAUGUUUACAUUUAUCAAAGAAUAAUGUUUUUUGUGCAUGCCAGCUUAUUAAUAUAUUCUUUUAACAAAAAAGAACAAAAAAACAGAUGCUGUAAAACACAUUUGAUAAAAAGUCUACCCAUGUGAGGUCUUUGUUUUCUCUGUUUUCAAUUACAGGAGCAUAACUGCGCCAGUUCUCAGUUUACAUUUAUCUGCCCCUAAAGUGUUUACAUCAAAUAUUUGUUAGCUGUGAUCGUCUCUAACUUGGAGACCUAUUAGAGUAUAAGGUCAGAGCUACCUCACCUAUAAUGUGGUCCAGGCUGAUGGCUUUACUUAAGGUGAAAUGGAGUCCAUGGGUCCUUUAAGGCUGCACAUUUGAAGAGGCAUAUAUCAGGCUGCACAUUUGAAGAAGGAUAUAAAUAAAAGAUAAAAAUAAGUCAAAACUCACACACAGUUUGGUUUGCAGAGGCAGGAACACCCUCAAGCCUUCAGUGGAUUAUGUUCACUUGUCAGUCCUUCUGCUCUGAACCGACUCCAUGGCACAGACACACACAGACAGCUCUGAAAAUCCACCGAAAGUGAAGCUCUAUUUCUUUUCCUGAAAAGUGUUUUUUUUUUGUCUGCUGUGGAUUUUUCUCCCUCUGCAGUUCUACAGUCGCACAGUUUGUUUAGCUGUGAGUGAUUGUGUCAUAGAAGUUCAAAUACAUAGUUUGUUAAAAGUUUUACAAUCAGAAAAGUAAACCGUGUUGAAAAUUAACUGUAAUAGGGAAGACCCGGUCAGUUUUGAAUGCAUGUGCAACACCGGAAAAUUAUACAACAGAACUCAAAUAGCAGAAAUGUCAUUUACAUGGAGCCACUGAUGUAAUCUGGAGCAGAUGGACAUGUCUCAGAGCACUGUGACUCUGAAUGAGGUGACCUGGGAAAAAAAAAAUUACAUUUUCACUCGUCAGCUGAGUGGAAAUCUCAUGGAGCGCUCAGCUGGCUCUGAGCGUACUCAGGCGAGCGCUUCUGUUGAGUCCCACACAUACCGGCGCACCACAUUUCCACUUGAUCUGCUCCAUGUGCUCAGCUGCAUAAGACCGGGUUAACCUCAGCGUCUUGUGUCCGUCGCUGAGGCUCUGAAUCCCUCUGUCACUUUCAAAGGUGCGGGUGGUUUUACAUGUUCGAACCCCUUUAUCGGUGACGGUGCAACCUCCCCCUCACCGAAAAAAUGAUUCUACAGCAGGCCACAAGCCUCAAGAUAUCUCACAGUGAAUCAUCGUUUACAGUCUUUCAGGGAAUCGAUACGAUGAUUAAUAUUUAUCUGGCUCUAAAAUACUAAUAAUUGAAUUCAGUUUAAAUCUAAAUAUGUAGGUGGACUUAAUGUUCUGAUAAAGACAACAGUACAAAUUGUAAAAGUCUAUAAUUUUCACACAGUAAAUAAGAUCAAUCAAAACUGUCAUUUUAAAAGGAGAAACUUAUACCAGUGACUCCAUAUCUGGGAGCGGUAUCUUCCUGUAUUUGAAGUUAAACAGGAUAAAGAUGAUCUCAGUCCUGAUGCAUUCAGUCGACAAAUAAAUUAAUGCUUAAGACUUCUCGAGACAGCUUGGAGAGUGCAGACUCCAGCAGUUACAAACAUUUCACUUGCACCACACUAUCUAGGUCUCUUCAGCAUUUCUCCAAAAGCAGCCAGAUGACCUACAAUCUCUGCUGAGAGCUCGAUGUCUUACAGUUUUUCCACAAGUGUUCAGUAUACAGACACCUUCACUUUAUCUGAACACACACCAGACCUGCGUGAGAGCAUGUUUGCGCAAUGCAUGGCAUUACCUAUAGAUAGCAUAGUCAUUAAUCAUUUUUAUUAUAAUGAAGUGACCAAGAUAUUUGACCCUAUGACAGUCUUCAGCUCCAGCUCAAGACAGGAAAGUUCAGAGUCUGAUCCUCUUUAGUCUGACACCUCUGCGCAGAACUCUUACUGACAUAAAAUUAGAUUUCAUGUUCUGGACCAUGUACAGAGUGUACAGUCAGGAGCUACUAGAGACCAGCACUACUUGGACUGGAAACAACCGGGUCAUCUGCAUACUUAAGAUGGUCUACUGGACCACAUGCAAACAGUAUUACAAGCUUUCUGUUUAAUAUUUUUAUUAACUUUUCACUUUUAACAAAAAACAGUUGCAAAACAUAAAACCAGAUAGAAAAUAAAAGUAACAGAGAAUGUAGAUAUAAUCUGUAUGAAAUAAUUAAAUUAGUCACAUAAACGUAUGAACAAAAGAUAAAUACCAUAGACUGUAUGUAGAAUGGACGCCAUCUCCCUUCUCGCUGGGUAAAGCCACCUCGAGAACAGCGCCCUCUGGUGACAGGCUGCAGUAUAGGUCAUAAAUCCCGCCUCCUUCAGCAAUCCUUAUGGAGUUGUGUUGUUGUUUGAGCCAAGCGUCAUAACAGUGACUCUCAGCGACUCUCCCGCUGAAUGCAUACAAUGCUACUGUGCAAUGUUGGUUUCAGGAAAUGAAGAAAAACUGCGGAAAUGCCGAGAGCUUUUUGGCUUCAAAUUGCAGGACUUGCAUUCUCGCUGGGAGCAGCAGGUGUUGAGUAAAGCAAAGUGUCUCCUGGCUCAACCGCUCCAUCCUCUGACUCCAGGGUUUGUCCUGAUGCCCUCGGGGCGCUGGUUUUAUGCUCCGGCUAGGAUAACUAACCGGUUUAUGAACACCUUUGUGCCCUCCGCCAUUAAAUUAUUGAAUUCUAGGGGAGGCAUCUUUCGAUCUCGUAGUGUGUUAUAUUUUUUAAGGGUUCGAUCUGGGUUCCACUGUGACUGGAAUGGACUGACGUGAUAUUAUGUAUGGAUGAGCUGCUCUUGAAAUGCUGCAAAUAUAUUGCCCUUUUGGGAUCAAUAAAGUUUUCUGAAUCUGAAUCUGAAUCCAUAUACUGGUGAAAGGCAGAACCAAGUUGUCCAUAGUAUGUACAGUAUAUGAUAAAUAAAGAUCCAUAAAUGUUGAGAACAGCUGGAGAGAAAAUUUCAACAAAAAAAACCAUAAACCCUUCUAGCCUUGCUAAGCUUUACAUAAAUACUGUAGCCAGAAGACAACAGCUACAGAUGGAGAAAAAAAUCUGCCUCUCAGCGCCUUUAAAUUUAUUCGUGGAAAAUCAGUGCGCCAAACCAAAAAACAGUCCCGCACACAUACACAUCCCCAGCCUAUAACAAUUGCUGUUUCGAUAUUUACACAAGGCCAAUCAUAUCUUUUCUGUAUGACCGUUUUAAUCCUUUUUUGGGCAUUUUCUCUUCUUUAGACUGACUGAAAGAGAGCACUAGCUGACCAUGGUUGGAUGAUUUCUGAGUAAAUCUCCUCUGAGAACAAGAGAUUGUUUACGAGCAGCAGUAAGACAACCAGCUUCAGACUUGUCAUAUUAAGCUGGGUUGAAAUAUAGAUUAAAGCGCUCUUUAGAGUUGAGAUUUGGUAACCAGAACGUUCCAAAAAUAGAAGCAUAGCAGCCCCUGAGUAGAUGUCACGCUUAUUCCGAAGUAUAUUAAGUCUUUAGAAACUAAGUAGAGCAGAUGGCGAUGCUCCACCAAAGCCUGACAGCUUGUCUGCUGAUUCAUAAUGUGGCUGUGGAGCGCAGAAAACAAUAGAAAACAUUUGACGGAUACAAACUCACAAAUCUCCCAAAGAUUUGUCGCUUUUCUCUGAUGGGUUAAAAAAAAACAGAACAAGAACUGAAGUAAAUGCAUGAACUGAAUAGACUUUUGGUACAUGGUGCUCACAGACUGAUAGGCCAGAAAACUAGAUUCUCUUUUGACUGUCCUUCUGGACUCUGUGGUAACAGAUACGCAGGGAAGCAGGACACUGAUGAAAUUUGUCAGCCUAGAAAACUGCAGAUUGUUUUUUGCAAGUAUCCUGUAAGGAGCUGCUUUAUGCAUUGAAGUCGUAAGGUAUAAGCUUCCAAGUAUUGAUAUGAUAAUUAAGUAAUGAAGAUAAGUAUCAAAAAUAUUUAGCUGUAUAGUCAAAUCAGUUUAAUUAUGUGUCAUUUGCAGUGUUGGGCAAGUAACUUAGUUACAGUUACGAGUUGCUUUAAGUUACUUUAAGUUACUCAUUACUUUCAAGGUAACUGGUUACUGGGAAAAGUAACCAUUUCUUUUUACUCUAAAUUCUCUUAUUUAUGUGUUGCCUCCCUAACUGGAUAACCAGGGAGGCUGCCAGUCCUCUGGCUUGCUUACAUUCCUUCAGGGUCUUUUUCAACUCGCUCGGUAGAUGCCUGUAUUUUCUGAAGAUGUUUCAUCAGAUCAGAAUUGCUCGUCCUUAAUGUGGAUAGAUUUUUUGAACCUCCACACAGAUUACAUGUCACUACAAUAUUCCUCCUCUUGUCUUUUACCGUCAGAAAGGAAAAAUGAUGUGCAUAUUUUGAGAUAAAUCCCACACAUGGACUGUCGUUGAUUGCUACCAUUUUUGUUUUCAUUCAUUCACUUGCACCUCACUGCGUCAUGUGUGCGUCACCACGGAAACUGUAGUUCUGAGUUAUACACAGUUAUACACACGAGUAACGAGCCUGUUUAAAUCCCAGUAAUGAUAAACACGUUACUGAUUUUGACAAAGUAAUUAGUUACAGUACGUUUUACCGCAAAAGCAACGUAGUUACUGUAACGCAUUACUUAAUAACGUGUUGGUCCCAACGCUGGUCAUGUGUUCUGAGAAUUCAUAUUUGUAUUGUGUCGUGUUUCUCAAAACUGCAGUUUUCUAAUGUCUGAUGUGUUUUCCUCUAGGAGCUGGACAUGGCGUAUUAUGACUCAAAGGCUGACCUGGAUUAUGUGAGUAAGGGACAAAGCAAAAGAUCCGUCUUGUUCACUGAGGUCAUCUGACUAAUACAAAUUCCUACACUUGUUGUGAAUGAAAUCUGUCUGAGACAAAGCAGAGCAGAAAAGCGUAAAGAAAUGGUUUUAUUCAUGCAGGUGAAAAGAUUGAAGCUUGUUGAAAUCUGUCCUUGCUCUCGUUCUUGCAGUACUCAAUGGAUGGAGAAGGAGAAGUGGAGAAUCCUUCCCACAUCAAGCUGGAGUUUGUGUACGACCCAAACUUCAAAAACAAUGUAAACUACUCUUACACAGCCGUUCAGAUCCCCACGGAUAUUUACAAAGGAGGUAAGAGCUCACUUCAAAUACAUGAGAGCACAGAAAGGUGUGACGGUUUUUACUCUUAAAGGAAAAUACACAUUUACUAAGAUGUUUUUAUCCCCAUCAGCUCCAGUCAUUCUGAAUGAGCUGAACUGGACGCAGGCGCUGGAGAAAGUGUUCAUGGAGAAUAGUCAGGAGGACCCGUCGCUCCUCUGGCAAGCUUUCGGGAGUGCCACAGGUGUCACACGAUACUAUCCAGGUAUGUUUUAUCAACCAUCUUUAUCUAGCUAAUCCCCAAAAAACAGAUGUUUUGUGUGUGAUUCUGAUGGACCGAACAGUUUAAGGAAUGCAUCUUUUCAUAUUUUCAGCUUCACCUUGGAAAGCUCCUGAUAAAAUCGAUCUGUAUGACGUCAGGCGGAGGCCCUGGUACAGUACACUUCUUAGAUUAGAACUCCACAUGUCACCUGUCAUAUUUACAGGGCUGAAAUAUUUCCUCCUCUCUAUCCUUUUGUCACAGGUAUAUCCAAGGAGCUUCAUCCCCGAAAGAUAUGGUCAUUCUUGUUGAUGUGUAAGUAUAAGAGUCUUGUUCAGAAUUUUUAAGGGUUUCAUGUAAAUGUCAAUAACAUAUAUUAUUUUUUACACAAACUGCAGCCAGUGUUUUUGUGACUUAAAAAAGCAAACGGUGUCUCUUUCCUCUCAGUUUUGGAUAAUUAACUGGUGUUAAAAUCUAUCUGUGAAGUUUGUCUGGACCUUUCUUGCACCUCUCUCUCACUCACAAGUGAAGUUUAUACUCCAAAUAUGUUGUAAUUUCACAUAAGUAGGCAGCUUUUUUAUGCAGAGAACUAAACUAAAGAGGAAAGAAAGCUACAUUAUAUAUGGUGUUGGGGAAAAAAGGUGCACCUGGCACUGACUCUGCACAAUAUAAAACAGCUGAACCUGCAGCUCAUAUUAUGUGCAGCAGCCUAAAACUUACCAUAGAGAUGACUCAGACACAAGAACAAAAUAUUUUAGUAGUCUCUAUGGUCGAAUACCUAAAACAUAAAAUUAAAAAGAAAAUUACCUUUCAUAAAAAUUAGAACAAGCAGGAGAAAUUGUUUGUCAUUUAUGGAAAAACACUAAAGCCCAUAAGGACAUUCAUACCAAACUGAGUGUGUCUGUAAAAUAUGAGACUACCUUCAGCCAGCUAGUAUAAGAUGAGCCAUAAAGUUACUACUCAAAGCUAAAGUUGUCCAAUUCAUAGCCUGUUCCUCUCCUUUUGUAAAACAGACAGUUUUCAUCCUGACGGAUCCGUUAAUAACAAAAGACUACUGCUACUUAUUUAGUAUGUGCUUCUCUGUUUUCAUGGGUUAAUUGUUGGUUUUAAGGAGUUUUGUUUCAGUAAUCGGUACUCAUGUCGAGGCUGUCAAUUCCCUAAGUUGAAAAUAUAGUUUAUCAUAUCAUAUCAUAUCAUAUAUCAUAUUAUAUCAUAUCAUGUCAUGUCUUUCAUAUCAUAUCAUACUGUACUUAGCAUACUGUACUGUACCAUACCAUACUGUAUCUUAAUAUAUUGUUUUGAAUCAUACUUAAAGUCUUAAAACUAAACUAUUCUGUGCUAAACUAAGCUAGGCUAACAAGAUGCUAACAGCUAAGUUGGAUGUCAAGAAAUGACAGUGGCAUCGAUCUUUCGUCUCUCUGUCGGAAAUCAAAUAAAAAGAUCUCUUUGUGUCCUACUCUUCCCAAACCUUAAGCCUGAACAUAAACAGACCAAUGUUUUUUGCAGUAUUUGUAGUGGUCGACAGAAUAGGAAGUGUAGUGAGUUUUGAAGCCUCGCUUGUGAAUCAGCAGAAUUAACGUUCAUUCUCAACUGUAACUAAAGUACAAGUUUCAUUGACAGAUGAGAGAACGAAGAUCCUUCAGGUCACUUGGUUAAAGCAGAACGGAUUUUUGUGUUGGUUUGAAGCGCACACUCGCGGUUAUGGAAAGUUCAAUGACUCCUGUGUUAGUUGUAUUUUGUUUUUUAAUCUGGUAAAGUGCACACAGGAGCAAUAUUUUUAUAUGGAGUGAUGCUGAUUUUAAUUAAGUGUCAAUCCUACAAAAAAAAAAAGAUCUGACAGAGAAGGAGGGCUUUAAGUAAGCAGGUUUUGGCUUCAUUUUUGGGCAGUGUUCAUGUCAGCCAUCUAUUUCUACAGUAUUGGGUUUUACUGACAGGAAGCACUGUUUUGUGUUUCCACACUGUCACAGUUUCCAGUAAAGUUUAGUGUGCCUUUACUCUUUUAGCUGCACAGCUGUGAAAUGUUUUUGGGUCGAGGAUAGCAGACCAUCACUGAAUGGUGACAGAAACAAGUAUUCCUCUGAAAGGACUCAUUAAUGCUGGUUAAUCACUGCAGCAGGGGCUCACGUGUCUUUGAUUGAACAUCUGGCGAAAGCAUGUGUGCAUGUGUCCGGCUCUCAGAGAGGACGCUGUUACUCGUGCAAGUAAUGUAGCUGAACUUCUUUGACCUCAUGGAUUUUCAUUAUAGCUGUAAAAAAAAAGGUUUAUAAAUGGAUCAAAAAUCUUUUUCAUCCAUUUGAAGAUGUAACAUUUCAGCCUCUGAUCCAUUUUUAGCUCAUAUUCUUAGUGUAUUCUCUGAUGUGGGUUGAAACAGCUCAACAGCAGCAUUAAAUGAGUCUCUCCAGCAGCUCUCAAGUAUUUAGCACACCUUUACAAAUGUCUGUUCAAGUGUUUGUUUGUUUUUUUUGGCAUGUAUCUCAAUUCUUUUUUUAAUGUGACGGUACUUACUUGUUUUUGUUUCCUCAGGAGUGGCAGUGUCAGUGGACUCACCCUGAAACUCAUCAAAGCGUCUGUGAUGGAAAUGCUCGACACUUUGUCCGACGAUGACUAUGUCAACGUGGCCAGGGUUAGUCUCCUCUUCACCCACUUAUUCUUCAUUUCUCCUUCUCCACUCUGUUGUUCUGUACUCCUUAUUCCAGUAGUGUCAUAUCUAACCCCAAGCUAUGUCUCCUGCUGUCUCAGUUCAAUGAGAAGGCCGAGGCAGUGGUUCCCUGCUUCAAGCAUCUGGUCCAGGCGAAUGUGCGCAACAAAAAGAUCUUCAAGGAUGCAGUGCAGCAGAUGCAGGCGAAAGGCACCACUGACUACAAGUCUGGAUUUCAUUUUGCCUUCAACCAGCUGUUAAAUGUAAGCCACAUAUUGAUUUAAUUCAGCGGGGGAUUACACACAGUUUAACUGUAUUGACCAACCCUGCUGUUCACCUCAUCCAUCUCCCUUUGAAUGUGUUUUACAGAAAACUAAUGUCCCCCGGGCUAACUGCAAUAAAAUAAUCAUGCUGUUUACUGACGGAGGGGAGGACAGAGCUCAAGACGUCUUUAUGCAAUACAACUGGCCUAACAAAACAGUUAGGUUCCGAUCUUCUCACCAUACAAGACACCUCGAGGUCACAUUCAGAAUUUAAUCAUAAGGAUGCUGUGAGAUGUCUAAACGUCAAACCUUUGCUGUUUACUUUUCCCUUUUAAGGUGCGAGUUUUCACCUUUUCUGUGGGUCAACACAACUACGAUGUCACACCUUUGCAGUGGAUUGCGUGCACCAAUAAAGGUGAGCAGAGCUUGUGUGUGAUUCCUUCAUUGUAUCUGUUAACACACCCACGCUGCAGAGCAAGGGUUCAGAUUAUCCCAGGUUUACUUUUUUAGUCUCUCUUAUAAAUUGCAGAUAGAUUUCAUGCACCAGCUGGUUAUUAUACAAAUUCUGAUUUAUAAUUUUGUGUGAUGUUUUUUUUCUUCCCGCUAGUUUGUGUGAAUAUGAAUCUUGUAAUCAGACUACUGCAUUUUUUUAGCUCUGCUUAAGCAAGCACCUGCUGUGGUUUCAGUCAUAAAACGCUGCUGAAGAGAAGUAAAUCAAAAAUCAAACAUAAGUAUGAUAAUAACCUAAAGGGAUAUUCCGGCAUAAAAUUGAUUUAGUGUCAAACACCAUAACACCGAGUAAGACACCCCCUCAAGAAAUGAAUGUUGCCGACUGCUUGCUUCUCUAGUUAUACCAACUUUAGUAAUGACCACAUGAUAGCAAUACACAGUGAUUUCAAGAGCCAUAAACAAACCUCAACCAAAACUCCACUCUAUAGCCACAAAUAAUGCUCAGAACAGCACCUAACUUCAUCAACAGUACAUACAGGGUUCUAGCCAUAGCACUAGCCACCAAACAUCUUUUUAGCUUUGCCUGAUUUCUUUAGCAAAGAGACUAAACACAACUCACCCACUCUCUUCCAGCAGCCGCUUGUUUGUACGGAGACCUCAGGCGAGUCUAUCACCGGGGUGACGCAGCUCAGGGAAGAACAUUUAUGAUCAUUUCCUUGAUUGCAUCUCCAUAAAGUAAUAAUCAUAAAUGUUCUUCCUUGAGCUGCGUCACCCCACAAUGGUAAUGGACUCGCCUGAGGUCUCCAUACAAACAAGCAGCUGCUGGAAGAGAGUGGCUAUAGAGUGGCUAUAGAGUGGCUUUUUGGUUGAGCGCGUGGCUCUCUGUAUUGCUAUCGUGCGGUCUUUACUAAAGUUGGUAUAACUAGAGAAGCAAGCAGUCUGCAACAUUAAUCUCUCGAGGGGGUGUGUAACACGGUGUUACGGUGUGUUUGACCCUAAAUUUAUUUUAUGCUGGAAUAUCCCUUUAAGAAAAAUGAAUCAAAAAUCAAACAUAUGUAUGAUUAUAACUUCAUCUAGAAAGAUGCCAAAGGAGGUUUUCAAAAUUCAAUUCAACAGCCUGCAGGAUGGGCCCCUACUUUUUUGUGCUGUCUCCUAAAGGAUCAGUGUUAUGGAUUAGAAAUUAUUCGUUAAUAAUGGGCGUGCUCUUCUGCGAUGUAAAAAGCAUCAACAGUAAAUUGAGUGAGCAUAUUUUUAUCUUAGCAGAUAAAGCUUUUAUUGCCAUAAUAGAUCGUAUCAGACCAUGUUUUAGAGAAAUGGUCUGCUGUGUAUUUAUUAAUCCAUGCUCAGACAAAAGAACUAAUGAAUAAAUCACUGAGCCUAAUGUGCCGUCAGUGCUCUGACCCUGCUAAUGGGUCUGCUCCAGCUCUGUGAGUAAACCUGCGCUGCUUCUCAGAAGUUACUCUGUUUGCUCACACAGAGGUCAGUUUGCCUCUCAUGGAUCAGAUUUGCAGUCUGCUGGGAGCUGACAUUGAUCUUUCCAGGAGAACUUCUCCUUGUUUGCGAGGAGGCUUUGUGUCAAGCAGGACUCAGCGCAGUGACUCAGUGCCAGUCAGAGUACUUGUGCAAGACUUGCAACUUUUGUCGUCAUCCCGGCAUGACAAGUUCGAUUCAAGCUGGAGAGGGGGAUGUCUUCAGAAGCGAACAGCCUUUGAUGAGUUAAAGAGGAAACUUAAAUGGCCAUCUGAUUACACACUUUGAAUGAUAUUUUUACACAACAACACAAGAUGUCCCAGAUCUGCCUUGUGUAAGCCAGCUUUACAGAUGAUGAUGACGAUGACACAUGCCGUCUGUGACAAGGAAUGACUUGUUGUGUUUAUAAAAUGCAUGAAUCACAUUAAUUUUCAGUGACCUCUGGAAAUUACAGCCUCGUUAUUUUAGCGACUUGUCAGACCAUAUCUGCUCACUUUAAGUAAAUGCAAAAGUCACUGCUUUUGACAUGCAGGGAUGAAAGAAAUAACCAAUUAACCGUAAACUGAUCUGCGAGAUCCAGAUUGUUUGUUUUGAUGAUCUGUGUACGGAUGAUGUUUACAUCCACUACAUGGACAGAAUUAUUAACAGAUGGUUAUAUUCUCACUGGGGUUAAACUGAUGAUGAACAAUCACAGAUAACAGGGUUUUUUUUUCUCAAUAAAGUAUUUGGAAACCAGCUCGAAAAUAAAGUUAGACAUAUUUUUCUGUGCAGCAGAUUCUGAUAGGACAUAAAUUUUUAGAUCCCACCAGUUAAAAGGUGAUACCGUAGUUUUAAAGCUUAGAGGUAUUCCUCUUAGAGCCGCCUUUUCUGUGGGAGUCAAGUGUCUGAGUCAUCGGUCUACGAGCAUAGCGGUAAAAUCUCAAAUUCUUUUUUGCACUGCGUGUCUGUAUGUGUGUGUUUUUCUCUUUUAAGCAGUUCUCACACAUGCUCCUCCCCCCUCCUCUCUCUCUGUUUCUCUUUUUUUUCUCUGUCGCUUGCCAGGUUACUAUUUUGAGAUCCGUUCCAUCUGUGCUAUAAGGAUUAACACCCAGGUGGGUUUGUCUAGUGCCUCUGACACAGCUGAUCCCCCAUUCGCUCUUUCUGAUUCCCCUCAUAUACACUGUAAAAACAUCUACUUCGGUUUGUUUGCAUACCCUUUCCCCCUUGUGACUGGAUGUUGCAGAUUGUUUUGAAAUUGCUGCCAAUAAAGCUUCUCCUUAAUUUUGUCAGGAGUACCUCGAUGUACUGGGGCGCCCCAUGGUUCUGGCAGGCAGCGACGCCAAACAGGUUCAGUGGACCAACGUGUAUCAGGAUGCUCUGGUGAGGCUGCAUGGCCCUGCUGGCUGUAUGUAAACCGGUGUAGUAAAUACACAAUCACUCACACACAAACACUGACUGAAGCAGCUUUUGAUGGACAGUCUUUUGGACUUUGUCUUCAAACUCUAUAGGGUCUCGGUAUGGUGGUAACCGGGACUUUGCCAGUAUUUAAUCUCACCAUGGAUGGAAACUCACAGGUAACAUUUAAGAAAUAUUUUGAUAUUUUGGGAAAAAAAUGCUUGUUUUCUAAAGCCAGAGCUUAAGAGCUAUACAAAGGUGAAUACCACUUUCAUGCCUCUUAAAUCUAUGUUACCCAAACGUCUGAAGAGAGCUUAGUUUAGCAUUAAGAUUGCAAACACCCACUCGAAUUCAUCCCAGUGUUGUAUGAAGUACUUAACAAAUAUACUAAAGUCGAAGUUUUUACCGUACCAGAAAAUGACUCAAGUCAAAGUAAAAGUGGUUACACUUUACAAUAACCGUAACUUAUAAAUGGUAAAUAGACCAUUUAUAAGUGGUAAGCAGAUAGUUUAUUAAUGUUUAAUCAUCAUUUAUAAAUAGCAUAUAGGCCAUUGAUAAAUUGUAAAUUUUACAAUUUCAAAAACCUAAACCUAACCCCAACUUUACAAUAACCAUCUAAGUCAUGUUUAUAAAUGGUUUAUAAACCACUUAUUAAUCAUUUACAAAGUGCUACUGACACUUUGCAAAUAAAAUAAUAAGUAAAGGGGGAAAAAAGUUUUUUCCUCCUACCCGCUGUCAUAGUAACAAAAUAAAAAUAGUAGUAGCGAAGAUGCCUCUGUGAAAUUGAGUGGAGUAAAAGUGUACUUUAUUUUUAGAAAUGUAGUCAAGUAAAAGUAAAAGUAGCGGACACACACACAAAAAAAAAAAAAACUCCAGAAAAGUACAAUUUCCAACAAUUUCCAUUUCAUGCCAGUCCUGGGCUUACUUUCUUAAAUAUAAUAAAAAUUGAAAGUGUGAAAUCAAUGCCACAGUUUUUCGGCGGGAUCAGUGUCUUGACUUCUUCCUUGCAGGAUGCAGUGACAACUUGGCACUAAGCUUACUCAGCUAAAUGUUUUUUAAACAGACAUGGUAUCGGUUGUCUUUUCUAACUCGCAACAUUUUUCGUUUGUUUUGGUGUGUGCAGAAUCAGCUGAUAUUAGGCGUCAUGGGAGUUGACGUGCAUCUUGAUGAGAUAAAACGACUUACACCACGAUAUAAUGUAAGUAUAAUGACAUGAGCACUUCAGUGAGUCGUAUUUCUUCAUCUUUAAUUGUUACGGAGAUGCAGACAGACUCAUCACUGCUUUUCCAACAGCUUGGAGCCAAUGGAUAUAUAUUUGCCAUCGACCCAAAUGGAUAUCUUCUUCUUCACCCUAAUCUUCAGCCAAAGGUAAUUCAUCAUACAUAUGUGAGAGUAGAUAGGUGGGUAUAUGAGUCAAACACAGCUUCUUUUGAGUUUCAUAUCCUGUUUUUUUUAACUUGAUUCCCUGUAGCUCGUGAAUCUUCCUGAACCUGUGACUCUGGAUUUUCUUGAUGCAGAGGUUGAGGACAGCAACAAGGAAGAGGUGAGCCUUUUUUUUUCUCUUCUUUGCAAAAUGUAACUGGCAAGUUUUCAGAAAACUACUGUUCCUUGAGAUUUCAUGUUGAAAGUCUGUGAAUUACAUGAUCUGCAUCAUGACAACCUGCCCGCCCAUCAUCAUCACCCUGUGCUGGUAUUUGAAGAUAUAAGAAACAUGUUGGACUUGACAGACUUCCUUCUCUGCAGAUUCGGAGACAAAUGAUUGAUGGGAGACCAGGUGAAAUGCAGAUCAGAACUUUGAUCAAGUCGAUUGAUGAGGCAAGUCCAUUUUCUCACACGUUUGAUAAACAGUCUGAGCAGAAUGAAUGCACAACUUCACUGAUAUACUUCAGAGCUUAUUUCUGUGAGCAAAUUGUAGCAAAAGCACUGAGGUGUAAGUAAUGAGGCAGCUGCUUUGAACUUAGUCAUCUGGUGCAUUGUCCAGAUUUCAGACGAGGACACACAUAAUAGCAGGGAUUCAUGCCGCUCAGCUUUGUCGGCUGAUUACCUGAAUAAGUUAUAGACCUUUUAACGUAUACCAGCUCUCAAGGACUUCAGGAAGCUUUAAAAGCAGUACCAUCACAGCAACAGCCAACAUGACUAGCACACCGAGGCUCUGAUUCUCAUUUUUUGCCUUUGCUAAGCCUCAUUACAUUCAGUCUGCAUUAAGUAAAAGCAGGUCAGCAGUUUGAUGUUACUUGAGUUUGUCAGAAGUGUUCUUAAAUGUCUCCUUGACUGCAGCAAUACAUCGAUGAGGUGUUCAGGGGUUACACCUGGACCCCGAUCAACGGCACAGAUUACAGGUGAGCUGUUACAAUGUCAUUAACCACAAUGAAUAAACAAGCAGCUGUGAGUUAAUGAGGGCUGGAUUCACUCUACCUCUCUGUCCCCUGUAGUCUUGGUCUGGUAUUACCUCCUUACAAUGAAUACUUCAUCCAGGCAGACCUGAGUGAUGUGAUGCUGCAGCUUCAGUGUGAGUACAAAGAGGCAGAGCAUUAAAAAUUCUCUUUGAUCAAGAUGCAACACAAAGAUGAGAUGAACAUACUAACAUCACCCUCUGUCUCUGACACAGAUAUGCAGUCGCUGCUGCCCAGCUCCUUUGAGUCUGCAGGGCACGUGUUUCUGGCUCCAAGGUGACCACUGCCUCUUUUUGCUUUCUGCUCUCCAUCUUUCACUCAAUUUUUGUCUGUUGAUAUUUAUUCUGAUCUCCGUUUCUCCAGGGAGUACUGCAAACGUCUGCAAAUCUCUGAUAACAAUACCCAGUUUUUGCAGAACUUCCUCUCCCUCAUGCUGGACAUUUCCCCCGAAUCUGACGAAUGUGAGCAUGUCUGAUAACUUUUGUAGAUCACAGUAUCAGACACUGCUGCAGACACACACAGAUGAGAUAACAGACUGCUUUUGUCUCAGGUGACCAAGGCCUCAUCCACAACCUCAUUUUGGAUUCUCGGAUUAUCGGGCAGCUGGCUUCUCGAGUUUGGAAAAACAAGGACUUGAAUUCGUGAGUCACUUUGAUGAUCUAUGCAAACGAAAGACCAUCUGGUUUAAUGAUAUCUGAGGUAAAUAAACUAAGUAAGAGCUUCUGACUUUCUCAGGUAUGGCUUCCUGGCUGUGUUUGCCUCCACUGAUGGAGGAAUAACACGAGUUUUCCCAAAUAUGUGAGUAGGAUUAACAACAAGAUGAAGACACUGAUUCAGAAAAAGUUGAUUCAAUAAUCUGUCCAGAAAAAAACCUAAGCAUUAAAUGAAAUGUGCUGUGUUUGUACAGAGCUGCUGAGGCCUGGGAUGAGGAUCCUGAGCCCUUUAAUUCAAAUUACUACAGACGCAGUCUCGACAACAGAGGCUACAUGUUCAGAGCGCCGUCCAGAUCUUGUGAGUGACUCUGUCUUAGAAGAGCCAUGACCUAACGAUUUUAUAUAUUUGAUAUGUCAGUCAGGCCGGAGAUCCUACAGUUCUCCUGUUCCUGUCACCCUGUAUGCAUCUGUCUACUGGAUGUUUCUUGGAAAGGAUGAACUGUAAAUGAAUUUUCCCCUUGUGGGACUAAUAAAGGAGUAUCUUAUCUUAUCUUAUUUAUUUAAUGAUUAUUUUCAAGGUGUUAGAUGUCAGGAUGAAUAUGUGAAAAAAAAAUCUCAGUCUUGAUCUGCAAAUGAUAAUAUAGGUGAUAUUGGUUAUAUUAAUAGGUGAUAUAAUAUAAUUUAGCUUUAAACAGUCUUUAAGUCAAAGAUCAUACCUGUUGGCACACUGUCACGAUUAGAUCAAAUUUUGACUCCUAGGGUCAACUAAGUCAUUAGAUGGUCAACAUUAAAAAGUUAAAAUUUCAAAUUUAAUAUUCAUACAUAAGGAACAUUAUAUUUUAAUCUGCAGUAAUGUCUUUAAAUAACAAUAUUUGUUUGUGAACAGCUUUAGAUGACCCCAUCAGUGUGGAAAAUGGCACUGUUGGAAUUCUGGUCAGUUCAGCUGUUGAGGUGAAUUUAGGAGGAAAACUACUCAAACCUUCAGGUGAGAAAAAGUAAACAUUUGGUUUAUUUUGUCUUAUUAGAUUUUCAGAUAUUUUUAUUAAUCUAUUAUUGUUCACACAUUCACACGUUCCUUUUUCUGCUGCUUCUUCCAUCCUUUUCUUAAAUUCUCUUCACCCAGUGGUUGGAGUGAAGCUGGACUUGGAGGCGUGGGUGGACAAGUUCAAGAUCCUGGCCAGCAACGUGUCAGAUGGUCGCCAGGGCUCACACAAGGUACAGCAAAACGCCGACAAACACUUACUUGAAACACUAAAUACGAAUGCCAACGAUAGUAACAUAGUUGUCUCAUUUCUCAUUUUGUCGUUAGUGUGGACCGUCCAGAAGCUGUGAGAUGGACUGUGAAGUGAACACUGACGUAAGAGCGUUUUCUAUUUCCUCUUUACUUUGACAAAACCACUUCAGACAGAAAGUGUCAUCAGUUCUGUGAACACAGUCUUCUGAGGUUAAAUGUGCUCUUGAUACUGGUGUGAUUAUGAGAUUACUCUGUCACUACUCAUAACCAACACGUUCAAUCAACCCCUUUGAAAAUAGGACCUGUAAUAGCUCACGGGCUUGUUUAAUGAACAAAAGGCAAAGAGCUGCCUGUUACGUGUAAUUAAAAUUAAUAAGAGGGGGCUUUGGGUUGGGAGUUCAUCUUUUUCUGUCUGUUAUAACACACUUUAAAAAAUCAAUCCCAUGAUGAGUAAUGUACUCAAAAAUUCAACCCUCAUAGGGCAUUGGUUUAGCUCGGCUUCAGAUGCGACUCCCAGAUUUGGCGUGACUUUUGAUGGUUAAAAAAAUGUACAUUUUUUUUUAUUUUUUUGUUUCAGAAGAUCCUUUUCAGAUAGAUAAUCUAGGAUGAAAUAUCUCGUGGGAACAUUCUCUUGCAUUGUAUUAUAUUUUGAGAUGAAAUUCAAACCCUCUACUAUGACACGUAUAAAGAAAUAUUAUGGCUUACUUCUUUUCAUUUUAGUUUUGCACUCUUGCCUGAUAGCUCUAAUAAGUUGAAGUCUAUGACAUCCUAAAUGUCCCGUUUAGUAAUAAAGACAAAGACUGCAGCUCUGUUCAGGUGAUCUGAUUUACCAUUGCGGAGGCUGCUGCCCUUCAAAGCUCUGCAGUCUGUGUAUAAGUGCGUCUGUGAAUUAGCAAACAUUAGAUCCUGAUAGAUGUGAGUUGUGGUGAAUGGUCUGUAUUGAAAUGCACUUUGAUCCGUGGAAAGACAUUUAAUGACAUUUUCUCUGUUCAUCUGAAGGACCUCUUGUGCUAUCUUAUCGAUGAUGGUGGAUUCCUGGUAAUGUCCAAUCAGAGAGAUCACUGGAAAAAGGUGCUUUUUUGUUGGCCUGGUCUCUUUAAAAACUACAAAAUUAUAUUAUCGCUAUUGUGUACCCCAAGGAAAAAAAAUGAUGAUAAUGUUACUGAACCUUUAAAUGACCUUCAACUUUUUGUUUGAUCACAACUUCAAGAAAAGUUUUAAUGCUGAUCAUUUUUCAUUUCAAUUUGAUUUAGUGCAUUUUGCUGCUGUUUCUGCCAGCCCAGCUGUAGCACUAAAUAAAUUAAUAAAGAGUACCACAGAGAGAUGUGAGGGAAACAUUUGGAAAACUUAAAUGAAGUUCAUGUUAGCCCACCGUGUGGCACUGUUUACCUCUGUUUUUUAUCUUUCCUUUCUUUGUAUGACAGAUCGGCCUUUUCUUUGGGGAUGUCGAUCCUUAUCUGAUGCACGCACUCUACAACAACUCGAUCUUUAAUCGGCGUCAGUCUUUCCACUACCAGUCUGCAUGUGAGCCCAUCACCAGCAGCCACACUGGAGCCGCACCCAGAGGCAUCUUUGUGGUGAGAGGCCACCUGCAGAUCUCAUGACUCCUUGAACAUUUUUCAACAAGACUAAAAAUGAUAAAACUCUCUCAUGUGAAACUUCUCUGUGUUUCUGCAGCCGUCCAUCGCUGACAUCCUCAGCUUGGCCUGGUGGACGUCCUCAGUGGCAUGGUGAGACUUUGAGAAACUAAAUGACACCAGCAGCAUGUGAGACAUCAAAAGUAUCUUAGCUGUGACUUUUCAACCACAGAGAAACUUUUUUUCUUUCGUGCUGGAUAGCUGCCAAUUCAACCCCAGGUUAUUUUCAGCUCAAUGUCACUGAUGUGGUGACAUAUGUUCACUGUUAUUUAUCUGUACACCAUGACCAUGAAGUGUGGUACGAAUUCUUUUACAGGUCUGUGGCCCAGCAGCUUCUGUAUGGACUGGCAUACAACAGCUGGCUCUAUCGAGGUACAUUUUAAAUCUUUGUGCACACAUACAAUAGAUACCUACAUAAGUUAACAUAUAAAGGAGCCCCAAUAAUUGUGUCAUUACAAUUACAAAAUUACACUUACACAAAUCAUUAUAGCAGUUUGAUUGUAUUUUAAUAGAUGUCUGAUUCCUUUGUAUGACUUUAUUUAGAGGCUGUACCAAUCAUUCUGAAUUCAUCCAUCUGAGUUUUUAAAAAAUAGUUUUAACAGCGAUAUCAAUGACAUUAUCUGUAUGAAUAUAGAUGAUGUCCUGGUGGAGGGUUUUGAAACCAAGGAGAGCAGCUGUGUGACCAUCCAAAGCCAGUUUUACUUCACGAACACCACCAACUCCUACAAUGUGCUGCAGGACUGUGGAAACUGCUCAAGGUAGAGUUUUCUUUUUCCAGAGAGAAUCAGCAGAAUGUUUUUUUUGCAGCGUGUUUGUACUGCCAUACCUGGACUGUACACACUGUAUGAAGUCUUCCCAACAUCCAUCACUGUCUCCCACAGGCUGUUCCACGCCAAGCGGAUAGAAAGCACAAACCUCCUGUUUGUAGUGGCUGAGACGCUACCCUGCAGCUCAUGUGAGAUCGAGAGACUUACACAGGUCAGGACGGAGUGUAUCCUUUUUUUAAGCUCUGCUUUUGUUUGUGUUGAAAGUAGGAAUCUCAUCAAACAUAUGUGGCAGGUAAGUCUGUAACUUAACCUUAUCUGAAAAAUACCAGUUCAAGAAGAGAAUCCUUGUGAGGUCUUAAGCAACGCACGGUAUCGCAAAGGCCCAACCUCCUGCUUUGACUACAGUGCCUUAGUAAGUACAUCAGCUAUAUGACUUCCUGUUUUAAAACUAAGACUCUCAUAAAACAUUUUGGGCACAAAACAAUCUUGUAAGCUGAUAAACUACACUUUAGGGAGAAAAUUAACUUAUUUUUUAAAGAAAAGUGUUAUAUCUAGGCUAACUAAAUUUUUAUAACCUUUAUUUAUUCUCCAGAGAAUAAAUCCUACCUGUUAGAUGCUACCUAGAUAACUUGUUUGCUAGCUGAUCAAUCACUGCCAGCCAGGCCUAUGUAUACACUAAUAAUUAACAUGCUUGCUAAACAAAGGUUCAGUUGAAAUCAAUAUGAAAUAUAGUAUUAAUUGAUGUAGCUCUUUAAACAUUGAUCUGUGUCACUGAUUAGUCUAAUUUCAAAGGCCGUUUUAUAAAAAUGACUUCAACACUACCCACUGCGCAAUGCAACGUCGAAAUGACAUCUCUUUAAUGUAUUUUUUUCGACAAUGAGGUACAAAUGUGGACGUCAUUUCAAUGUCUAAAAGAGGUCCAAUAAUGACGUCCAAAUCUUGGAUCCAUUUUGCACGUUGUGCCGACGUCUAGAUUCGGUCGUCAGGUGACGUCCAAAUUCUAAACGUCAGAGCGACGUCUAAAAAAGGUCAAAUUUGGACGUCGAAAUUUCUAAUCUAUUUUGCACGUCGCAACGACGUCUAGAUGUGGUCUUUGACAGACUGACCCAAUACUGACUUGAUCUGCACGUCUCUUUGACGUCGGAUGUUUGGUGGGUAGCUUGAUUUUUUUCAAACUUGCUGACAAGCUAGCUUAGCUGAUGCCCAGCUUCUAUAGCAACUCAACCAACUUCUCACUCAAAGAGCUAGUAAAGUCAGUCAGCAAAUCCUGACUGUUUUUUUAGAAGCUUUUAUGAGACAACAAGUAAGUUCUUUAAUGAUUUAAACUGCUCUCUUACUCUGUCUAAACAGUUUGGCUAAUGAUAGCUAAAAAUAGCUAGUAGCUGUUAGCAAUAGCUAACUAAAAGGCACCCUUAUACAUAUUCCCACUGCUGAAAUUUGGAUUAGGGUAUUGUCUGAUAAUUUUCUAACUUUCUGAUCUUUUUUUGUCCCCCAUCCCAUUCCCAUUUGACAAUCAGUAUCCUUAUAUUUUAAUUUGGAACUACCAACACUUGUGAUUUGUGACAAUGUCAGUAAACACACUGUAUAGGCUACAUGUAGUCUUGGGUAGAAGUGGACCCUGUAAGAAAGGAGACAAUACAUUUAAACAUUUACAACACACAAUAAUUUCCUAUUGGCUUGAAAUGUUGCAUACUGAGAAGUGUUGAAAAUUUAGUGAGAGGGGUUAUUGCUGUUUGAAUGAAAAUGUUCUCAAAUUAAACUCCCGUCUGUGUAUAAUAACGCCUCAUCAAAAUGUAAUGAGUUGGCUUUCAAAGCAUCAGUUGUGUGCCCAAAAUGUCAUGUCACACUUCAAAAUGAGACUCAGAUUUCAUUUGUAAAGCAAACACAACCUUCACAUCAUACAAGACCUGAUUAAUCGUCUCUGUGGAAUAAGAGCUUGACUGUCGAUUCUCAUUGCAGGAAAACACGUCAGAGUGUGGACGGGGUCAUGCUCUCCAAUCCUCUAUAGGAGUUCUUCUCUUCAUUCAGCUGAUUCUGCCUCUUUUUCAUCUCUGACACGUACAAACACUCACACUGACAUCUUACAUCUCUUUGGGUUUAGGCUCAGAUCUACUGAAGGUCAUACCAAACAGUAAUUGUAUAAUUCUUCUUUUGAUCUACAAACGGCCCAGAAUAGCAUUUGUGCUGGGAAAAAAAGGAUGUGGAUCAGCCCCUUAGUGCUUUUGCCUUAUCGCGUAUGCAUUUGUUGGUGUGUCUUGAGUUAAAAAAAAUCGAGGCAGAGAAUGUGUUGGGUGAGCACGCAACUUAAACUAGGACAAGCAUGUUUCAGAUUUUAGCUCACAAAUUUAGCCAGACAAACAACAAAGUCAGGGAGGCAGCUGUAAUGUACUUUUAAUGGACCAAUAAAUAAUAACCCAGCUGGGACAAAUGUCAGUUUAAGCUUGAUGUCGGAUUCUGAGGAAAGCAGGAUCUGAAAACUCUGAUUAAAUAACUUUUAAGUGAACACGUGUUUUGCGAGGGGAGUAUUUAGAUCGUUUACUUAUGUGAAGUUGAAAUGCCAAACUACAGCAGUAUGACUAACAAGCUAGCCUUCGGUAUUUUAUUUAAAGCUGCAGUGAGUAACCUUUGGUUUAUGCUGAGUUUAGCACCUUCUGAGGGCAAUAGAGUACAUUUUAUCACUGAACUAGAUGAUCUUGUCCUGAACAUGUCAAGGUAGUAUUUUCUAUGAAAAAAAACAAAAACAAAACAAACUCAUCUUGCUUUUUUUGGAAUGGUCAAAUGCAUCAGAUGUUGCAAAAAUGUGUUGUUGAAAAUGACAAGGAAGGCUGCUUGUUCAGUGGACUGUUCAUUAUCUAGUCUGACUCCUGUCAACUUGCAGUGAUUUGACUGAGGUCGACAAUUAUUUACACUUAAAGUACCAAUAGUUUUAAAGAUAAAGUUUGUAAAGACUGGACCAAUCUCAGUGCAUCAUAACAACAGAGAAUUAUUGCUGGUAUGUUUACAUUUAAGAACCUCAAUUUCAAGACAUUCAGUGGUCCCGCUGACACUGAUUGAAACACAUUAAGAGGAAAAAAGCUACACCUGCCAUUUAGUGGUUUAAAAUGCAUGAUAUAUCCCCCCACAAUGUAUGAAACAAUUAUCAAAAACACUCUGAGCCCUAUUUCCAGUCUGCCUUUCAUAGCAACCAUUAGUUCUUGAGAUCUAAAAGUUCUGACAAAUUAUUUCUUCUGCUCUUUAAAAGAACAAGCUUUUUUUAUGAUGACACAACUUAGUUAAUAUCCAUAUUAGUCUUUCCUGUGAACCACAUCAACCCUGCAUAUGCAGCCCUGUGUUGUUUAAUCUGUAGUGACCCAGCGAUCAAAACACAGAUGAGAAGUUCUGCAAACUUUUUGUUUUCCUUGUAGCUCUAAACCAAACUUAGUGAUUAACUUUACAUUUGGAUUUUAAGUUUGGUAUAGCUAUCAAGUCUUUAGCACAUCUGACAGUUUUACCCUGUCGACACACAUCAGACUGACAGCUUCUGCAUGACAUUGUACCACAACAGAAUCUGUAUACCUACAUAGAACAGAAUCCAUCCUCCCCGCAGCUGAAAUGCUGCAGCUUCUGGAAAUCCUACUUUUGAUGGCUUUGUGAAAUUAUACAAAAAUGAUUCACACCAGGUCUUCUCUGCCUGUCAGGUCCUAGAAAAAGUCUUUGCACACAAAGGAAAUCCUGCACUUUCAGCAGUUACUCUUUAACAUGAGAGUGGAUCUGAGCCUUAACUCUACUCUUACUUCAGUGUCCUUCAGUCCUCAUCCAGACCUUUUCCAAGAGAGUUACUGUACUAAAAAUGGUCUCAUAUAUGACACAAUGACCCAGAAUGAUUUUCCUCUGCCGUCACCAAUACAUCCUACAUCCUGCCUCUUAAAUCUUAAAAUCGAAAUAUUCCAUAGAUAGAAAGUAUUUUUCCCCUUAAAUAUUUUCUUCAAGCACUUUGACUGUCAAAAGUUUUGAAGACCAAGUUGUGAUGGAAAUAACAGAAUAAGAUCUCCAGUGGGAUCAGUGAUUUCACUUAUCAGUGAUGAAACAUCUGUGCAGUUUCAUUCCUAAAAAGGAUCGUAAAAGUGGAAGUUUGAUUUGUCCAAAUGCUUCCUUGGUGUGACCUUGAAGUGCUUCCAAUGGAUGGUUGAAGAAUAUAAAACAUAUAUCAUAAAAUUGACCAAAACGAUCUAAUGUUUACACAGAUUAAGUUUGAAAAUAUAGAGGUGAAUCUUAGAGACCAUUGCAUGGUUUAGCAAAGUGCUGCUGUGAUAAUUGGAUAAUUUACUCUAGCACAAAUGAUCAUGAACAUUAAUAUGUCAUUAAAGUUACAUAAUUAAUGACAUGUAUAUUAUAGCACAUUAUAUAUUAAGUGGAUGUCAGUGUGGCUGACAUAUUUCAAAAGGAGGCUCUUUUUUCUACGUUGUAUCGCCACUAUUGUCCAGCUUGAAUUUAUGCACUUAUGUAUGCUUCUGUAUGGGGAAUGUAGUUUUUAAACAGCUUUCAGUGUUAUAAAUAUGUUAUGAGUAUGUGAUGCUUUUGACUCUCUACUGAGAUUGAACCGAUGUCUCACUGCACGUGAUGAAUCGCUGUGGAAGAGUUUUGAAAUUUUAUCAUGCAUACCUCGUCGUGACAGUUAUGGCAAAGUCAACCUUUCACAAAACUGUAAUGAUAUACAACAUAGCAAUCUUUUUUCAUAGUUACAACUCCUUUCUGUGUGGUGUGUUGUACAUGCAUAGAUAUAAUUAGAUAUUCUGUCAAAACAAGAAAAAAUGAUAUGAAAGUUUAGAAAGUUGAGAUCAAGAGUUUCCCAGAGUGCCAGCUAAAAGCUUUAAAAUGUUUAUUUUCUCUAUUCAGCAGACAAACACUUCAAAAAAAUGUAAUUAUUAUUACACACUUAUUUGCCAGCUGGCUUAUUGAUGAAUUGAUCUUUAAGUUUUGUGCACUCCUGUAGUUUUGAGAUAAUCCAGGUUACACCUGUUAGGUAGAUUUACAGUCAGCUGUUUCUCUUUAAACUGAAUUUACCAUCAAUCUUUAACUAGAAGAUCUGUUUGAUAAAAUACAAGAAACAUUUUACCACAGUGAUCCAUCUGCUGCUGUCUUUUUGUGUUACUGUUUGUGUUACCAAUCAAAGAGUUAACAGGAUAUUUUUAAAAUGUUUUGAAAAGUCAAAUCUUUGUAAAAUGUCGUUUCUCUCAGUCUGCCUAGCGUUCCACCUUGCAGUGCCUUGGUGCACUUGUUUUUGAAAGCAGGAACCUUUGGAUCUACACCCGUGGACAUUCAUUUUGUUGGCUGAGCGAAAGGUUCGUAGGGUUCAACUCUAAAUGGACUUCUCAGUCAGGAACAAAGAAGAGAUGCUCUUCAUGGACUUAAAUAAACAUUUUAAAAGGAGCACAGCUCAGCUGCCGAAGAGCACAACAGAGGUGUGUUGAACAGCUGGCCUCCCCUCCUGCCUUCUCAUGGACAGAUGUGUGUCAAAGCGUUGACUUCUAACCUUGCUGCCCAUCUGCUUUGUGUUGUUUAUCUCUACACUGUGGUUCAGCCUUGAAUCAAAGCACAGACAUCGUCCGUUUUCAUAUUUUCCCCCAUCUGCACUGUAUAUCUUAUAUUUGAAGCUUGUUGGAAAUGUAAUUUUCCAUUAGGACCGACUGAAAUGAGAGAAUGUUUAUAUACAGUAAACCUACUGUUGUGCAUCUCUGCAGUCCCUGAGCAUGGUGGGGACUCAGAGAGGGAGAUUUCAAUCUCAACACUGUUCGGAGACCUCAAUAGGAUCAAUGCUUUGAAAAAUAAGACAACAACAACAACAAAAAAAACAAGCUUUUACUCUGAGACCUGCAGUAUUGACUUCAGGUUAUGUUGCAGUAUUCAGAAGAUAGUGUUGUACAUUGAAGGAGAGACAUUUUGUGAGACUCUUCAUAGCAGACAGCAUAAUACUACUCUUGAGGUCAGUGUUGUAGUUUCAUUUUAAAUUACUGGUAUUUAUUUGCAUGAUGUUUUGAACAGUUUACAGAUUUGUGUACAUAGUAUGAUGGAUAUUUUACAUUCCUCUCUACAUUCAGCUCUCCACUGCUGUGGCGAUGAGUGAGGACGCCCUCUGUGGAUAUUUCUGGGUAGUGCGGCCAAGGCCUCAGCGCUCAAAUGUUAUCAAGAAAAGCUGAAAGUUUGACUUCAGUGAAGCCUAUUACCGUCAGUAUUUGCAUUUUAGGUCUUUUGCAGCAAAUAAGAGCACAGAGGAGAGUUAAGAGCAACAAACUGCCUGAUCAGACUACUGUCAUUCAGAAAAAAAAAAAACAACAUGACAAAAAAUGCUGGAAAUGGCUCAUGCAAUUAAAGGCUCUAUUAACACAAAAAAGGUAGUGGCAUGUGUGAGGACACCCUUUUAUAGAGUAACUUUGUUUAUAAAAAUGAUUCAUGAGUUGCUCAUUUAAUUUCAUUGUGUAAUCCUUUAUUUACUUUGGUAUUGUGUUGAGUAUUUGUGUUGACCAGAAAGAAGCUGAAUGUGUUUGGAGCUUGCGUGGAUGCAUUAAGCAGUUUACAAGAAAACUGAGAAACUGACAUGAAAACAAGAAUUCUCUAUGUCCUUGUCAUUUUAUUUACUAUAAGUAUCAAAUACUGAGAUGGUUAAGGUUUGGCUGUAUCUUUGCUUUUCAUUUUGCUGACGUUGUUUACAGUUUCCUCUCUUUGUGCCAGAUUACAAUGCCACCUCAUUUUUGUACAGAAGAUGUGAUGCAGUCAGCAGACCAUGAAGGCUAACUUUGUAAAGAUUUUGUCAGUCAUAUUACAAAUAUAUAAAUGUUUAUAUCUUUGGUGAUUAAAUGCUAUUAAUAUUUUUCACUUCA